ACCGACGCCUGGCCGGACUGCACGCGCGCACGAGUUCCCUAGAAGGCGCUGCGACGUCCCGGCCCCGCCGGCUGUGCCGGCUCGCCGGAAGGUUAGGUUAGGUCGAGCCGCGGAUUCGCGACUGCGAGCACCACCGAGGGCAGAGUGGAGCGACACACCUUGAACUGUCCGGGUGUGUCCUCGACCGCCACCAGUCCCACCGUGACCCGCGUCGGAAUCUCGACGCCUGCGAAAUAUAAGAGCGGUUAUAAAAAUCAAGACGCAAAAGCUCCAGGGUGAAGUUGAUUCAGGGGUGGUCGGUGAACAUUCACCGGGUAUCGGGAUCGAACCUUGGGACAGGGAUGAAAAUCCCUUAAACUGGACAGAGAUCGUAGAGGGGAGACCUCGGUCCCAGGGGGAUGACACUCCGGAGGAGCGAUUUCUGAUAAACGUAGACGCAACCUCGGGGCUCCGAUAUGAAGAGCAUCGAGGACUGGGAGUGACGAUCUUUGGGAAAGGGACACCUUGCCAUGCCCAGGGCGACCCCGUCCAGGGCGGGGGGCACCCCGGAGCCUCCCCAGGGCGCGCCCGAUAGUCCUCGGACCCCACGUAGUGGGCGGCUGAGGGACAGGGUCAGCUUCUUCGAGCAGGUUUGGUCGGGUGGGCGCACCUCCAGCUGCGAGGAUCUGGCCGACGAGGCCGAUCCUCAUUCUCGUCGGUUCGCCUCCAGACCCUCCUCCAGGGCCAGCGACUCCUCCUUCGAGGAGAGCUUCGAGAGGCUCGUGGAGGAGGGCGAGCUUAACGGCGCUAAACUCGUCAAAUUCGAGAAAAUCACCGUCAGAAAGAGUCUUAGGGAGGUGGUGAGCUCGACCAGGCGCUCGGGCGACGACAGGACCCCCAGCGAAGAGCGCGCCCUGGAGGAUUCCAGCUGUAAAAGCCACUGCCAUGGGGCACGCAGCUCCCAUGGGACCAAAUCCACGUCCGCUGCCUCUGGUUUCCCUUCGGAUGAGAGUCUUCUUCGGAGGUCUUCCACUAGUCCUGGUCCUCCUGGAGGAGACGACAAACCUCCUGCGGAGUGGUACGCCGAGUACAGGAGUCAGAGCUUCCAGAAUGUCGCCGCCAAGAUGGAGUACGUCAGGAGUAGAAGCGAGUACGAUGCUCACAUCGCUGAGAUCAAAGACGAGCAGGAGAGAGUGCAGAAGAAGACCUUCGUGAACUGGAUCAACUCUUACCUGUCGAAGAGAGUUCCACCUCUUCGAGUGGACGACUUGAUCGACGACCUUAAAGAUGGGACCCGCCUCCUUGCGCUGCUCGAGGUGUUGUCCGGCGAGAAAUUGCCCUUGGAGAGGGGCCGUAACCUGAAGAGACCGCACUUCCUCAGCAACGCCAACACGGCGCUUCAAUUUUUACAGGGCAAAAAAAUCAAACUGGUGAACAUUAACUCAUCCGACCUGGUGGACGGGCGGCCUCCGGUGGUUCUGGGUCUCAUCUGGACCAUCAUCUUGUACUUCCAGAUCGAGGAGAACUCUAGAGCUCUGGAGUACCUGGGACAGACGUGGGGCAGCCAGAGCAGCUUAGAAAGCCUCAGCACCCAGGGCUCAGCAGCCAGCGAGCGCAGAAGACAGUCGAGCGAAAGAUGGAAACAAGGAGCGCGAAAGACGCUCCUCCAAUGGGUGACCAACGCCUUGCCAAAGGACAUCGGCCUCCACGUGAGGGACUUCGGCGAGAGCUGGAGGGACGGCAAUGCCUUCCUGGCCAUCAUCGACGCCAUUAAGGCGAACUUGGUCAGCAUCGCUGCGAUGAGGGAAGCUUCGAACAGAGCUCGCCUCGAGACGGCCUUCCAGGUGGCGGAGACCGAGCUGGGUAUCGCCAGACUCCUGGACCCCGAAGACGUGGACGUUCCUCAGCCCGAUGAGAAGUCCAUCAUGACGUAUGUCGCUCAGUUCCUGCACAAGUACCCGGAGCCCAAAACCACGGGUCCGGACUCUUUCGCAGCUGUUCAAAGAGAGUACGAUUCCUUGCUGGCCUGGCUCGUGGACCGAACCAGACAUCUCAAACAGCUCGAUGGAGCCAACGCCUUCCCACGGAGUUAUCAGGAAUACACGCUGUUUAAAAACGCGGUCGAGGAGAAGGAGGUGAUCUACAAGAAGCUGCAGAGCCUGGUGGACACUCCGAGUGUGAUCAGCAUCACUCGGGAUUCAUGGAAGCAGAUUCAGACUCUUUGGCAGCAGAUGGAGACCCUGAUGCUGCGUUGGCUCUGGCUCCUGGACUCCUCGUUACCUGGGGAACUGGGAGAGGUGGGAAGAUGGCUCGCUCGAGCGGAAGGUCUCCUCAGGUCCGACGACGACAUCCCCGUGGACAUGAGCGAGGAAACCGCCGGAAUCAUCUCGUCCAAGCUGGAGGAGCACAAGAAAUUCUUUUUAGAACACACGCCGAUCACCGACAAGUUUCACCGAGCAAGGAGCUCCAUGUUCGCCCAACAAGUUCCUCCGGAACAGCUGGAGAACAUCGCGUCGAGGUUGGCGAGCCUGCCGUCGCAGGCUUCCAAGCGUAGGAUCAAGCUCAAGUUCCUGGAGCACAAAUGCUGCCUCGUCGCCUUCCUCGUCCUCGUGGAGAGCAAACUCAAGAGCUGGAGCGUCAAAUAUGGCGUCGAGAACGAGGUCCACCAGAUGCUGGAACAGUACAAGAACUUCGUCUCCAGGAACAGGAUCUUCCACGAGUUCCAGAAGGCCUACUUAGACAUGCAACAGGUGGUCGAGGAGUACAAACACGUCGGGGAUAUCGAUCGCGAAGAAAAACUGACCGUGGAUCGAUUUAUGCGAGAGAGUGCAGAAAAGUGGAAGAGCGUAUCGAUGGACCUGAGAUGCGUCCAAAGUAUCCUGGAAGAGGUGGUGGCCUACUGGAGAAGGUGGACGACGGUGUCGGAAGAAUUCGAGCACUGGCUCUCCCGAGCCGAGCCAGCCCUGAGCUUCCAGGAGGAAGAAAAGAUGGAGUUCUUCCAGGACAUCAGCGUGUGGAAGGACAAAUACCAACAACUAUCGGACACGGUCAGCUUCCUGAUAGCCACGUCCGAGGAUCGAGUCGCCCUGCGUCUCAAGGACAAAUUCAUGGAGCUAACCUCGAGAUGGGAGCGCCUCUUCCCCGAGGCGAAACAGUACAUGCACGCGGGUGACUUGCUGAGGAAUCGCAAGGACUAUCGCGCAGGGGUGGAGACUCUGCAAACCUGGCUGAGGAACGCCGAGACCACCCUGUCGACCACCAAGCUGACCUCGACCGAGAGGAUCAAGGCCUACGGCGAGCAGCUGAAGACCCUGCACAACGAGGUCGAGGGCAUCGAGGAGCUCUUCAAGAACAUCAGCAAGAAGUUCCAGUCGCUGAUCCAGGACCUCUCGCGAGAGGAGGUGGACAAGAUGAUGAACACUCUGAAGAAGGAGAAGGAAACGCUGGUCCGCGUCCGUGCCCUGAUCCCGAUGCAGCUGCACCUGUACCACCAGCUGUUGGUGCAGCAGGAGUCGCUGGAAGCUGGCCAGAAGGAGAUCUCCACCUGGCUCGACGAGGCCGAACACCUGUUGUCCUCCAUCGACCUGUCGGGCGGCAGGGACUUCGCCCUGGCGCAGUUGGACCGACACAAGGCCUUCUUUUCUAGAACCCUGUACUACAAGUCCAUGUUGGAGUCCAAGAACAAAGCAUUCGCCAGCAUGGUCAAGUCCGUCGAUGGGCAUGCCAAUGUCGACUCUGCAGAGGGUGGAGCCACCCUGAGGGAAUUGAACGAUCGCUUUGCUCACGUGGCCCAGUCCACUCAGGUCUGGGAGCAACGUCUUCAGGAAGCCGUGCGGUGCUGGACGAAAUUCAGGGAAUGCGAAAGGCAGAUCUCGGAGUGGCUAACCACUGCCGAGGCACUCGUAAACGACAAACGCAUCGACAAUAGACAGUCCGUCGAGUUUCACAAGAACUUCUUCGGCAAGGUCAACGAGAAGUGGAUCCAGGAUCUCGUCAACGCUGGACAUGAUCUGAAGAACGCAUUGCCUGUGGAACAGCAACCACCUAUUACCGAGGCUGUGGAUGUCCUCCAGAAGAGGUGGAAGGAGGUCCUCUCCUUUGCUCCUUUGCAUCUGAUGAGACUCGAAUUCAGGCUGGACGAGGCCACGUUUUAUCACUACUUGAAGGAGAUCGAGGUGGAGAUCAACUCCGAGCAACAGGCGCUGAUCAAGAACGACGACGUCGACAGCAUUCUGAGGCGCAACAAGGACUUCUUCGUCAACCGAGGGGUGGUACUCGAGGUGGAACGAUGCCUUCAGACCUUGAAGAAAAUUACCACGGCUUACGGCCAGCUGAAGCCGAACGACUCCAGCCUUGAAGAGGCUGCUGAUCGAGCGGAACGUCAAUGGGAAGACUCUGCUCAGCGUGUCGAACAUCUCAGAGAACAAUUACGGAGAGUGCCCGAACAAUGGGCAGCUUAUAGACAAAGGUUCGACGACAUGGUGCGGUGGAUGGACCACGUCGACGACACCCUGAGGUCGAUCUUGAAGGAGGUCCACACCUUGGAGGAGUUCGAAAAGGAGAAGGCAAUCUUUCAGAAAAUCUGCCGCGAAGCUGACGGCAAACGCGAGGACAUGAAGUGGUUGGUGCAGACUCUGGACAGCCUAACGUCCAACAGAUCCGACCAUGAAGCGACGAGCGAGCAAUACCAGAUGGAGCAGCUAAUAACUCGCUACAAGAACCUGAUACCCACCAUCGAGAUCACGAUGACGAAGACCGACAUCUACUCUAAGAGCUACACUUACAGGAAGGAGGUGCGCGAGGUGUGCACCCUUCUGCGCAGAGUGCGAGAGCAGUCAUCGGCGGAAGUGCCGUCAGAGAGUGCCGAGCAGCUUCAGCAUGCAGUGGAUCACCAGGAAAGUCGUCUAGGUCAGCUGGAACAGCAGCGAGCCAACAUCGUCAGCAUGCUGCAACGUGGAAAAGAUCUGCUGAGAGACCAACACGCGCCGACAUUCGUGUCCAGCGAGGUCCAGCAGCUGGAGACCAACUGGAACGAGACUUACGGCCAGAGCAUCGAAGUGCUGAAGACCCUGAAGCAGUCCCAGAAGCUGUGGACCAGCUACCAGCAGCAGAAGGAGGAGAUCCUGAGACUGGUCGAGGAAGCCGACGACGAGCUGAGAAGAGCGGAGGCAGGAUACUGCAACGUGGCCAGGAUCGCCGAAGACCUAAGAGGCAAGCAAGAACUCGGGGAGUCCCUGAAGAAAGCCGCCGAGCAGAUGACGAAGAAGCUGCGCGACAUCCACGGCAGCUUGUCGCAGGUGACCACCCCGGAGAGGAGGACCAUCCUGGAAAGGGAGGUCAUUGAAACUGAGAAGAAACUCCAUUAUACGAUGGAGACGGUGAACGAACGCGUGGUGCAUCUUCGGGAGUACAGCUGCAGGUGCUCCGAUUUCCAGUCCAAGAUGGAGGACCUUCGACACUGGGCCAAGCAGAGUGCCCCGAGGACGAUCUCCGACAUUCAGGACUCUUCGACCUCCCCCGAAGAGAGGGUCCGUAGGACGGAGCUUUUGCAGAAGGAGAUACACGAGAAGACCACCGUGCUGAGAAUAAUCGAAGAGGAGUCUCGCAGUCUCGUGAAAGACGAAGGCCACGUGGAGUCGAGGCAGCUGCGCGAGACGAUCAGGGAGCUGCAAAAGGAAGUGGAGGCACUUAACCAAAACGUCGACACUCAGCGCGAUCGGGCAAGCCGAAACUUAGCGACGUGGAAGGAAUACAACGCAGGUAUACAAAAGCUGAAGCCCUGGAUCGAGCAAGCCGAGUCGAAGGCUGCAUCCCUAGGUUCCAAACCCUCAACCCUACCUCAGGCAAUCGAACUGCUGGAAACAGCCAGAGCAUUUGAGAGACAGUGCGAGGAGCAUCUCCCCCGGGUGCAGGAAUUAUCGACAGUCAGUCAUCGAAUCGAGGGGAGAACCGCGGCAGCGGACGAGGUGGACGUGGUCCACACCCGUUGGAACGCGAUCCACGACGUGGCGACGCAAACGACGACGAAACUGGAGAAGCUGGUGUACACCUGGAACGGCUUCGAGAAGGAUGCGGCGGAGUUCAGCACCUGGUUGGCCACCAGCGAGAAAACGUCCUUGAAAGAGCCGAACGUCCAGACUCCAGAGACGGCGAAGCUGGAAAGGGAGCUGGCCCAAUUGAAGGACUUCAACAAAGAGAUCUCCGAUCGCCAGGCGCAGCUCAUCACCCUGACUCAGGUGUCCGACCAGGUGAGCCACGGUUUGGCCCUGGAAGGAGCAUCGAGUCUGAAGGGUCGAGUCGCAGAGAUGAAGACCCGGGUCGGCAAGCUAGCGGACGUGGUGAGACAACACAUCAACCGCGUGGCCGAUGCCCUCCUGGCUAGACAAGAAUUCCAGAUGAAGAUCAACGACUUCGAGAACUGGAUGGCCGGACUCAAGGCCAACGUGGCCGAGAUCGGGGAAGUUGGGGUCGACGACGUGGACGCCAACCUCCAAGCUGUGCACGCGUACCUUCAGGAGCACUCCGAAAAGCAGCCGACCUUCACCGCGAUUUACGGGGAGGUGAAGCAAUUGUCGGCUUCGGGUUCCCCCCAGGAGGCCGCAGCCCUGGACGAGAUCUAUUCCUCUCUGGCCAGGAAGUACAAGUCGCUGGAGGACGACCUGAGGGAGAAGAAAAAAGGCCUGGAGAAGUGGGCCGAGUUGCUCAGCUGGCAUAACGAGACUGGUGCCCAGCUGGGUCACAGCAAGUACCAGUCGGAAGCCCGCAAGCCAACUGUCGCUGAUCUGGGGAAGCUCUCCAGCGAGCUGGACACCGUCUGCACCAGGAUCAACUCCUGGAAGGAGCAGAUCCCCCUGGUGGAUGGGACUUUGGACGUCCACGUGCGCGACAAGGCUGGCAGACCACUGACCGCUUCGGCUUUGGUUAACGAGUUGGAGACCAAGGCCACCCAGCUGAGAGCAGAGUUCUCCAGCCAGAAGGACAAGCUGGAGAGCCUGGGAGCUCGCUGGGACCAUUUCAGGAAGCUGCACUCCACGAUCACGGAAGAGAUCAUCGGAACGCAAACUCGACUUCAGGAGGUCACCUGCAGCGUGGAUACUUGUUCGCAGUUGGCACCAGCUAUUGAGAAGUUGGACGAUCUCCUGGAAGACCACCAGAGAAGGGAGCCUGAGAAAGACACCUUACACAGAGAAGGUAGCGCGCUGAUGAAGGAGGACCAGAGAUCCGUCACCAACAUCCAGGUCGUCCUCUCUUCCGUGGACGGAAACUGGGAGAAGGUCAACGAGAUGAUCCAGGAACAGAGGAAAAAGUACGCGGAGAUGGACUCCAACUGGAAGCAGUACCAGGAGGCGAGGGAGAAGCUGAUCAAGUUCGUCGAAGAGUCCAACAGCUUGUGCCAAACGCAAAGAGAAGUACCCAACGACGCGACCCAGGCGAACGUCAUCCUGGACAAGUCUAAGAGGGCAGGAGAGACCCUGAAGAAGGGGAAGCAGUACUUGGAGAAGAUGGACGCGAAGGCGCAGCAGCUGAUCAAGGAGGCUUCCUUGAUGCCUAACUUUAAGUCCGUGUCCAUCGAGGAAGACCUCGCCAGGGCACGUCAGAGGUACCAGGACGCGUGCUCGAACGUCCUCGAGGGGACCAGAGUCUACGAGACGCAGGUAAUCGUUUGGAAGCAGAUAGACGACACCAAGUACGAGCUCACCAGGUGGCUGAGCGACACGAACGAAGCCCUCUCGGCGGCAUGCGAGCGUCUAUCCGAUGCCGAAAACGGUCAAGCCAGGUUGACGAAGUACCACGAAGAGCUGCCGGCUCAUCAGCUACUUCGGGAAGGGAUAGCCUCGAAGACUAGGCAGCUGGUGGAGCUGAAUGACAAUGCCGACAUUCCCACUCUCAAGUCUCUGAACGAUCUGCUCGAUGACCAGUUCAAGGUGGUGAACGAUUCCGCGGAGAAACUGGAAUCGCUCACCUCCGGCUUCAACAGGAAGGACAAAGCCGUUCGCCAGGAGCUGAAGAAGUGCGGCGACCACAUCUCGAAGAUCCGAGAGGACAUCGUCAGGUGCGACGACUUGACCGGGGACAACUCGAAGAUCCUGAGCAGGAUCAACCGGUGUCGAGAGCUGAAGAGCGAGCUGGAGAGGUGCGACCGGGAGCUCGGCGACCUUGAAGAGAAGCUGGCGGAGAUGUCCUCGGAGUAUCCUGCCACGUCCAGGUCCAGCUUGCCGAAGGAGCUGCAGGCACUUCGGCUUAGAAGAGACGGAGUAGCUGGACACGCCGAGAAGGUCAGUGCCACCUUGGUGGCGUUCCUGACGAAGCUCUACCAGGAGAAGUUCCGAGGUUUCCAGAGGACGGUAGGUACCCUUACGGACAAGGUGGCCUGGUGCGAACCGGAGCAGAGCAGCGACUGCUACAACCUGGAGGUGAAAAUGGCAUCCCUUGCCGAUGUGGAGACCGGGAUCAAGGAUUGCGAGCUGAAGAAGGCGGACACUGAUGACGCCCUGAAGCAGUUGGAGACGAUCGAGGCAGCUGAAACUACCACCAGCUUGAGAGCUGAUCGCGACAAGGUCGCCUCCGACUUGGAAACCCUGAAGAUCAGCUACGCCAAAAUCAAGUCCCAGCUGGAACGCAACAUAACUCUCUGGAAACGCUACGAGCUCACCUCCGAGAGCCUGAUGUCCUGGCUGAAGGACAUGGAGAACAAGAUCCGUGCCGAGAACUCCGCGUUGCUGAACCUGGAGGACAUCGAGAACAAAGCGACGGAGAUCCUGCAGCUGCAGAAGACCGCCAAGGGAUAUGAAACCAAGUUCAAGGACCUCGGUGCUCUGGGAGAGGACAUCGCCAAGGCUAGUCCCGAGUCCCGGGUGGUCCAGGACGUGGGGAACCUGGAGUCGCACUACUCUGCCGUCCUGAAGUUCUUGUCCACGUACUUAGAGCGGUUGGAAAAGCUGCGAGAAGGAAGGGACAGAUACGCGUCCAGUAAAAAGGACGUCGAAGAGUGGCUGGAGGGUGCCGAGGGGAAGCUGAAGGCCUUCGACGAGGCCAGCGGUCCCAAGCCCAUCAGCUUCUACCAGUCUCGUCUGAAGCAAUUGAAGGCCUUCGGGGACGAUCGAGAAAAGGGCCAGGCACUUUUGAAUAAGACUGCGGAGAUCGGGGAAGCCCUUUACGUCCGAGUCACUCCGGAAAACCGGGAGACCAUCAGGACGGAGAUGAGGAACCUGCGAGGGCGGGUGGACGCCCUCGCUGACAGAGCCAACGCCAUCUACAAGAAGAUAGAGAGCGACAUGAUGCACAGGUCGUCCUUCGAGGACAAGUACACCCAGGUGAGACAAUGGGUCAUCGACGCCAGGACCAAGCUAGGAGACAAACAGGAUCUGCUGCCGACCCUGCAGGAGAAGAAGCUGGCGUUGAGGUCCUACCGCGCCAUCGCUCAGGACGUCGGCGUCCACAGGAACGUGCUUCGCCAACUUCAGGAUCGCCUUGGCACGGUUCCCGAUGACGAAGCUACGGAGAUGCUGACCAGCGUGAUCGAGGCCUACGACAAGCUGUCCCAGGACGUGGAAGGCAGAAUCAGCGUGGCGGAGAAGCACGUGGCCAACCAUGAAGCGUACCUGCAGACCCUGGAGAAGACUCGCGACUGGAUCGGCACGAUUGCCAACGAGGCUGCUCCAGUGAUAGAAGACCUGGCCUUCGACAGGGAGACCAUCAAGAGCAAGGUGGGCCUGAUAGAGAACAUCCUUCAGCAGAAGGAAGAGGCGGAGAGGAUCCUGGAAGACUGCAACGGGCAGCUGAACAUCAUCCUGGAGCAGACCUCGCUUCCUGGGCACCCAGCGUUGCUGAAGGGCUACGAGGAGCAAAAGAGGGUGUGGGAGGAGUUCCUGAAGACGUGCCAGGAAGCGAAGGAGAAGCUGGACCGCCUCUUCGAUCAGUGGACCGAAUUCGAGAAGCUGGUGGAGUCCUUGGAAACCUGGACGAAGCGGAUGGAGUCGAGCGUGAAGGACCAGAGUCUGAAGAGCACCGAGGCGGCGAAGAGGGAGCACCUGCAGAAGCUGAAGAAUCUGGAGAAGGAGAUCUCCGCCAAGAACUCUACGUUCAACGACGCCAUCAGGAUGAGCCAGAGCUCCGAGGCGGAGUCCGACCUAGCGACCAGGGUCUCUCGACAGGCCACGAAGUACCAGGCCAUCAGGAACCAAGCCAAGGAAGCCGUGGCCAGGUAUGAACAGUUCGUCAAGGAACACGCGACCUUCAACGAGAGGUACAACGAGUUGCUGAAGUGGAUCACGGACGUAGCCGCGGAGCUGAACACCCACAGCGAGAUCGUCGGCGACCUGGCGGUGCUGCAGAGCAGACAGAAGACGAUCCGCGACCUGGGUAACGCGAGAACGAAGGAAAACGUCCGUUUCGAGGCGGUGAUCGACCUGGGGGAGAAGCUCUACGCCCACACCUCGCCGGAGGGUCGCGAGAUCGUGCGGCAGCUCCUCAGGAAUCUGAGAACGGCCUGGGACGCGUUCUCCGAGGACCUGCAGACAGCCACCCAGAAGCUGGACCAGUGUCUGACGCAGUUUGCCGAGUUCUCCCUGUCCCAGGAACAGCUGACGGCCUGGUUGCGCGACGUGGAGCGGGCGAUGCACCAGCACACCGAGCUGAAGUCGUCGCUCGAGGAGAAGAGGGCGCAGCUGCAGAACCACAAGAUCAUGCACCAGGAGAUCACGUCCCACAGGGCGCUGGUGGAGGCCGUCUGCGACAAGGCGCAGCAGCUGGUGGACCAGACCAAGGACACCUCACUGAACGUGUACCUGCAGUCCAUCAAGCAACUCUUCCUCAACAUCGUGGCCAAGUCGCAGGACCUCCUGGACAACCUGGAGAGCUGCGUCGAGAAGCACAACGAGUUCAAUCUGCGUUGCAAGUGCUUCGUAGAUUGGCUGGGGACGGAACGCGACAAGCUGGCCGACUGCAACGACGUCGCCGGGGAGAGGUCGGAGAUCUCCAGGAGGCUGGCCACCUUGGGCCUUCUGGGGGACGCCCGGGCCCAGGGGGCUGAGUCCCUCUCGAAAUUGAAAGAGCUGGCGGCGGAAGUCGCCAAAAGCACCGCGCCGAAGGGCCAGGACGCGAUCGCUCGCGAAAUCGCCACCCUCGAGGCUAGCCUUCGCCAGCACCUCGGCGAGAUCGAAUCUGUGGAAACCAAGCAGAAGGCGGCGCUGAAAAAAUGGCAGGAGUUCGAGGACCAGCUGGAAUCUCAUACGAAAUGGUUCCGCACGAUGGAGGCCACCUUCCGGGACCAGCAACUUCAGUCCACCCUGGAGGAGAAGGAAGCCAGGCUAAGGAUGUUUAAGGAGAAACGUGAGAGCAUCAUCAAAAAGGAGCGCGAGAUAGACGAAUUCGUCGACAAGUCUCACGGAUUGCUCAACUCGAGUGGGGUGGAACGCAUCAAGCCCCUGAUAUCUCAAAUCAGCAACAGGUACCAGCUGCUGCAUGCCCUGAGCAAGGAGGUGAUCCAUCGCUGCCAGAGCAUCGUCGACGACCACCGAGCCUACGAGGAGAAAUCCCGAGCAGUCGAUGCCUGGUUGACACCUCUGGAGCAGAAUUUAGCUGCCCUGAAGACGGAGGAAGUCGGUGGGAACCUGGAAGCCAGAGGAACCAGGUUACAGACCCUGCUGGCCGAGCGAGAGCAGGCAGAGCACCGUUUGGCUAGUCUCACGGCAGCUGGGGACAGGAUCCUCCCGGACACGUCUGCUCAGGGUCGCGAGGUCAUUCGUCAGGAAUUGAGACAUGCCCGAGAGAGGUGGGACAACCUGGCCGAGGGCAUCCUGGAGCAGCAGAAAAAACAGGACGCCCAGUCCUUGAGAUGGUCCAGCUACCGCGAGACGUUGCAGCAGAUCCUUGCCUGGCUCGACACCAUGGAGCGCUCCGUGAAGCAAGACUCUUCCACGGUGUGGCCGUCCGUGCAGGAGAUUAGGUCUAAAUUGUUGAAGAGCAAGACGAUGCAUCAGGAGAUUUUGGCACACAAACGAAUCAUCGAAGGGAUCUCGGAAAAAGCGAGCGGCUUGGUGCAGGGCACUCAAGCACCCUCCGGGAUCCAGGAAAAAGUCAGCUCUGUAUCCAAGAGGUACGAGGAGCUGGUCGACGCCUCUCAGAAAGGAAUCGGCAGUCUGGAAGCUCUCCUAGACAUCUUCCAACAGUUCCAAGACCUCCAGAAGGCCUACCAGGACUACCAGAAGCACCAGUGGGAGAAGCUCUCGAACUAUAACGACUAUUCGGGCAACAAGACUGCUCUGCAGGCCAGGCUGGCAAAGCUCGUUGAAAUUCAAGAUGGCCUCAGCGAGGGCGAGGUGAAACUUAACGUCCUCAGCGAACACGUUGCCCAAAGUGCGAGGAACCUCUCGCCAAGGUCUCAAGAAUCGAUGGAGAGGGACCUGGCGGAUCUAAAGUUCGAGAACAAGAAGUUCGCCACCGCCGUGAACGACGUGGUCAGAUCCAUCGAGGAUCGCAUCCAACAAUGGACCGAAUACGAGAGUUCCUUGGAACGCCUCCUGGCAUGGUUGGCGGACGCCGAGACAUCCUUGAAGAACUACUCCUUGAAGAACACCAUAGAGGAGAAACGGGAACAGCUGGAGAGAUACCAGGAACUGCAAAAGGUAACGGAAUCUCGGAACUCGGAUGUCACGGAGCUGGUGGCGCUUGGUGACCACCUCGACCAAUCUCUGAUCGUGAAUCUGAGGCAGAAUGAGGCAGAGUUCGACAAGAUGAGCGACGACUCUUCGGAACUCAUUCAGAUCAGCGGGGAGACCAGAUUCUCUGCAAGUGUCCAGCAAGUUACAUCUAGGUUCCAGUCUAUCCAAGCCACUGCCAAGGAGCUGGUGAAGAAGUGCGAACAGGCGACCGCUGAUCAUGCCGCAUAUUUGGAACGCUACAAACAGUGUUCGGAGUGGUUGACAUCUGCCCAAACUCGAUACCAGUCCUGCCGAGAUGGAGUUUCAGGGACUCGUCAGGAGCUCGUCUCAAAACUGGACACCCUGAAGGAGCUGCUCGGCCAGCAGCCCUCGGCAACUCUCCUGGUGAACGGAACGGUGGACUCCGGUGAGAGGUUGUACCCCAGCACAGGAACGGAAGGACGAGAGAUAAUUCGCCAGCAGCUGCAGGACCUCCAAAAAGCCUUGGAAAGUUUAUACGAUGGUAUCGCAUCCACCGAGCGAGGGAUUCAAGCCAAGAUCUCAAGGUGGUCGGGUUUCGACGAGAGCAACGAGGCUUUCCAGAAAUGGCUGCAAGAAGCGGAACGGCAGCUCCAAUCUGAGAUCGAGCUGAAGACGACGCUUGAUGAGAAAAGAGCCCAGUUGCAAAUCUACAGGACCUUCCUGCACGAUGCCCAAUCGCAUCAGCAGGACCUCUUCGACCUUCGGGAUAGGGCGGACAGCCUGCCCGAUCGUACGGAAAAAAUCGACAAGGUCCUCGGUGACUUGGCCAGAAGACAUACCGCCAUCUUGAAGAGAGCCGGAGGCUUUCUGGAAAGGUACGAGGCCAUCGUCAGCGACCACCAGCAGUAUAGUAAAGCUGUCCUGGACACCCACGAAUGGUUGGACGCCACCCACAAUGCCGUUGAUCUCUGGGGAGACGUCGAGCUAGAGCGGGUAUCUCUUCACACAAAUCUGGACCGAUUGCAGAAUCUACUUCAAAGUCUUCCAGACGACGAGCCACGCGUGCAGCAGAUUCGAAUCCUAGGGGAAAAGGUGCUCCCGGGUACCCUGGAGUCUGGGCAGGUGAACAUCCGUUCGCAGAUGGACUCUUCCCAGCAGGAAUGGGAAGGUCUCGUAUCGGCAGUCAAGACCACCAUAGAAGCCCUGGAGAACAAGCUCCAACAAUGGAACGAGUUCGAGUCCCUGAAGGAGCGUUGUCUAGCCUGGAUCAGGACCACCGACACCAAGUUGCACGCCGUGGACCUGAAGCCCACCCUCGGGGAGAAGAAGGACCAGCUGGAGAAGCUAAGAGCUCUCCAGGGCGAGGUGCGCGCCAAGGAGCUGGAAAUCGACGCCGUGACGGAACGCGCCCAACAAUUGCACAAGAACCUCACCUCCAGGACCUGCCACGUCUCCGAGCUGGGCAUAAAGUAUCAGCAGAUCUCCACCAAGGUGAAGGACCUCAACACCCGCUGGCAGCACUACGUCACGAGUCAUCAAGAGUUCGAUAGUCAAUUAUCGGAAUGCACCAGGUGGCUGGAAGAGGUCAGGAAUAAAUUGGCAUACUGUUCCGACCUGAGCGCCUCCUCGCAGAAGGACCUGGAGAGCAAGAUGGAGAUCGUCCAGGACCUGCUGCUCUACAAGGAUAACGGGUUUGCCAAGGUGCAGGGUAUCGUCGAGCUGGCUCAGACGGUGCUAGCGAACACUGCCCCUUCUGGACACAAAGCCAUCAACGACGCCUUGACCGAGCUCCAGGAACGCUGGAGCGCCCUGGCCUCGAAGAUGCUGGAGACCAAGACCAACCUGGACGACUCCAUCAACAAGUGGGCUGGGCUGCUGGAGCAGGUCCAGUCGGUCAACAAGACGGUGGAGUACAUGCAGACUUCCGUGGACGACAUCUCUCAGUUCCAGACCACCAUGUCCGAGAAGCGCUCCCAGCUGGAGAGGAUAAAGGCCCUGGAGGAGAAGGUGCGCUGCGAGAACAUCGAGGUGGACAGUUUGAAGGCGAAGGUCGCCGAGAUGGCCGCCAGUGGCCAACAAGGUCUAGCGGCGUCUCAGGCCCAGGACAUCCUGAACAAAUUCGACGCGUUGUUCGAGAAGAUCAAGUCCUUGCUGACCGAGAGGGAGCAGCAGUACAAGAACCACCGGCUUUACAAAGACGCCCAUGACGAGCUGAUCGGCUGGCUGGGCAGAGCCAGAGAGAAGGUCCCAUCCAUGAAGCAGAGAUCCCUCAGCGACAAGCUGGCCAUCGAGAACGCCGUGGUGCCUCUGGACAAUCUGUUGAACAAGAAGGCUCAAGGGGAACUUCUCGUCGAGCAACUCCAGCGAACGGGUCAGGUGGUGUGCGCGAGCACCAGUCCUCAGGGUCAGGAGAACAUCAGGAACGAGGUCCGGGCCCUCUCGGAGAGCUUCGAGAAUCUGUUCAAAGAUAUCAAGCACCAGAAGGACCAGCUGGAGGCCACGGUGGGUCAAUGGCGGGACUACAAGGACGAGUACGAGCGGCUGAGCGAUUGGCUGCAGCAAUUCGACAUCCUCAUCAAGGCCCAGAAGAACGCCCUUCUGCCCAACGUCAAGGAGAAGGAGAAGCAGCUGCAGGAGGUCAAGGAGAUCCUGGAGAACCUGGUCAAGGGUCAGGAGCAGAUCGACAGGUUCAACAAAACCGCUACCGGACUGCUCUCCUCGCAUCUGGACACCUACGUCAACAAUCAGCUGCGCCAUCUGAACUCCCGGUACCAGGUCCAGGUGAACCUGGCGAAAGACGUCCUCAGCAAGGUGGAGACAAAUCUCAAUCAACAUAGGGAAUACGAGAAUAAUCUUGGCAAGACUCGGACCUGGAUAGAAAAUGCCAAACAGACCAUUCGACAAGGUACCGAGGCUGCGUCCACCAGCAGCAGAGAGGAACUGCACGACAGACUCGAGCAGAUCCAGGAACUCCUGAGGAGACGAGAGGAAGGCCAGAACCUCGUUCACCUGACGGUCAACUGCGGGGAAAAGGUGAUGAGGAACACGCGAUCUGACGGACGGGAAGAGAUCAACGCCCAGCUGAAGGAGAUCCAGAACGACUGGGAGCGCCUUGUGAAGAAGAUCUCCACGACCAAGGUCCACCUGGAGACCAGUCUCCUCCAAUGGGCAGACUAUAGUUCCUCCUACUCCCAGCUUCAGCAAUGGAUCAACGAUCGCGAGGCCAAGUUGCAGCAAGUCUGCGAGCAGAAGGUCUCCAAAGCUAGGAAAGGACUCGCUGGGCUGGGUUCCCUCGCCAUCGGGGAACGAAAAGCGACCCUGAGGCAGACGAACAGCAUCGUGCAGGACAUCGUGGCCUUCGAGCCCAUGAUCCAGUCGGUCACUACGAAGGCUGAGGACCUGCGACAGGCCACCCCGGCUACGGAAAUCUCCAUAAAGUACGAGACUCUCAGCAAACAGGCGCAGGAGUUGUACGCCAAGCAGAAGGAAACCGUCGAGCAGCAUCAGGCGUUCAUAGACAGCGGGAAUGAAUUCGUCCAGUGGAUCAGAGCCGCUAAAGAGCGGCUAGGAAAGUGUUCCGAACCGACUGGGGACAAGGAAUCGCUGGCCAGCAAGAUCACCCAGCUGAAGGUCCUGCAGAGCGAACUUCCCGAGGGCCAGAAGAAAUUGGAGAAGGCCCUGGAAAGAGGAAAUGCCGCCUGUGGCAUCGCCGAUGACGAGGACAAGGAGAUCAUCGAGGAGGAGGUCGCCCUUCUUCAGGAAGAGUACGACAAUUACGUGGAGUCUUUGAACAACACGAAGGGCUUGUUGGAGGUCGGAAUAGUCAAAUGGACGGAAUAUGAGGAUCAGUUCUCCGAGGCGGCUGAGUGGCUCACCCAGACGGAAAAUCUCGUCCAGACCUUUAAUAAAUUACAAGAUAGCUUGGAAGAGAAGAAGAACGUCCUGGAACAGUUCCAGGUCCACCUGCAAACCUUGUUCGAUUGGCAGAAAGAGUUGGACCGGUUGAACAUGAAGGCUCAAAUGUUGCUGGAGACGUGUGCCGACACGAGGAUAUCCAAUGCUAUCACGCAACUGACAACAAAAUACAAUGCACUGCUAUCACUCGCUAAGGAGAUCAUGCGAAGGCUGGAACUGCAUUAUCAGGAGCAUCAACAGCACAACACUCUCUAUCAGGAGUGCCAAGACUGGAUCGAGCGAACCCGAGACAAGGUGGCCGAGUGUCGAGAGAUUCCUCAUACCUUGACCGAGGUCAACAAUAAGUUGCACACCUGCAAAGGCAUUCGCCAAAGCUUGGAACAGGGUCAGAACAAGCUUCGCUACGCGUUGGAGCUGAAGGAAAAGGUGAUCAUGAACACCGAGCAAAACGGAGCGGCGAAGAUCCAAGAGGACACGGAGAACUUGAAGGCCGACUUCGACAAGCUCAUGCUGGACGUUGAAGAAGCUCGACAGCGACUUUCUCUAAGAGCCAGUGCCCUAGAAGAGCUGAACAAGAUGCACCGACUGAUCACCGACUGGGUCGAAGAGGUCGAGAGCAAGAUCCGAGCAAAGGAACCGUACAGAGACGACCUCAGCGAGAAACGAGCCCUCCUGGAAAAAUACAAGACCUUGCAGAGAGACAUCCAAGGCCACCAGGAAUUCGUCAACAGGUUGAAGACCCGGCUGGAAGAAGACUCGAACAUCAGGAAGGGUCCCUACGAAGCUACCCUGGCGAAGUAUGAGCACUUCAAGGAGGUCAUCGCCGAGAAGAUAGGAAGCUUGGAGGACCAAGUGAAGCAGCACGAGCAGCUGCAGCAGGCACAUAACGAAGCGACCGAGUGGCUGCGAAAAACGAAGGCAGAGCUGCAACGCUAUGGAGACACCCAUGGAGAGAAGGAGAAGGUGAUGGAGAGGCAAGAGAAAAUCGAGAAGAUCGCCGCCUCCUUGCCGAAGGGCGAAGCUCUGAUCUCGAGAGCCAUUGAAUUGAGCGAAACGGUCGUUCCGACGACCGGGACGGAAGGUCGGGACUCCAUCGGGCAAGACAUGAAGCAUCUGAGAUCCAGCUGGGAAUCGGUCCAAUCUCAAUGCCAGGAGUCCCAGCGCACUCUUGCCAGCUGCAUAACCACCUGGAAUCAAUUCCACGAGGCUCUUGGCACCGUAGCCGACUGGAUAGCGAAAUUCGAGAAGAAAGUCAGCGACGAGCUGGCGAGGGACAACAAAACUCCCGACGACCUGGUGCGCUGCAAGAUGUUGCUGGAAGAGGCGAUUGGUCGGAAACCAAGUUUGGAGGAGCUGAACGACAAGUGCGAGGCUCUUCUGGAGAUCAGCGCUUGCAGCUGGGUCAGGGACAAGGUGGUGCAGCUGCAGUCCAAGUAUACCGAACUUCUGACAGAGAGCCAGGGACUGGUGUCCAAGGUGGAGAAGAAUCUUUCCGACCAUACGGAGUUCCUGAAGGCUAAGAAGGAGCUGGAGACUUGGCUGAGGACGGCUCAUGGGUCUGUUCAGGACUGCAUCGGCGUUGGAGACGUGGCCUGGGCCAAAGACAAGUUGGAAACGACUAGGUUGGUCGCCACUCGCAUCACGGAGGGUCAACACCUGCUGACGACGUUGCAGAGGGCCUUUGAGAAAGCCAUCGACACCGCCCUACCCGAACAGCAGGAACAACUCAGGACCGACAUGGCCACUCUGAGGUCCAGCUGGGAACAGCUGAGCAUCAACCUGACCACUGUCCAGGCCCAGGUGAAAUCCGUCCUAGCUAGAUGGGAGGACUUUUCGGAAUCGCGGGAACGCUUCGAAAGGUGGCUGGUGGAAACGGAGAGGUCGAUUCAGAAAGUCCCGGAUAGUAAAGGCGAACUGGGGGAGAUGAAGACGCUCCUGGAGCGGUACAAGCAUAUCCAGGAAGAGGUCAGGGUGAAGCGCUCGGACUUGGACCAUCUCCUGAAGGAGGCUUGCGAGUUGUCCAGCUGGGCGAAGAGCGACACCAUCCGGGAAGGGACGAAACGACUGCUGGCCAGAUGGGAAGACCUGGGCAACAACGUGGACUCUCAGAAACGACUCGUCGAGGACGAGGUCGAAGAGUACAACGCCUACCGCACUGCCUUGCAGGAGACGGAGAAGUGGCUCCUGCAGGUAUCCUUCCAGCUGAUGGCUCAUAAUUCUCGGUACAUCACCAACAAGGAACAGACUCUGGAGCAGAUCGAGCAGCACGAGAAUCUGCUGGACGAGGUGCAGAAGUACAGAACCGUCCUGGACGACCUCAAGGCCAAGGGGUCUGGACAGAUCGAACGCUACGUCGCCGUCAACCCCACCAUCGAGGCCACCAUCCGCACCCAGGUGCAAAACGUCCAGGAGAGCUACAACUCUCUGCUGGACACGGCUCUUCAGAUCAAGCGCAGACUGGCAGAAUCCCUCGGCAAGUUCCAGGAGUACGAGAACACCCUGGAGAGCAUCAUGAAGAGCCUGGACGAGUACGAGCCAGAGAUCGCCAGGCAGGUCGAGGCCCCUCUAGACACCCUGGAAGCUGCCGAACAAGGCCUUGAAAGUGCACGCGCUCUUCACAACAAACUACAAGCGGAAAAAGCGCGACUUGCGGUUGCGGUCGAAGCGUGUGAAGCCGCUGCAGCGUGCGUUUCCAGACCUGGAAGUCCUUUGGACGCCCCGCCAGUGCAGAUCCCUGCCAGAGAAGUCCAAGUCCGCGCUCGACUGGAGGACCUCAUCGAUCAGCGAGGUAACCAGGAGUCCGACAGCAGACUGAAAGUUCUGCUGGACGACGCCGAGAGCAAAGGCUUCGUAGCGAAACUUAAUCGAAUGUGCGAGCAGAUGCAGACGCACUUGACGAACGUGGCGAAGGCGGUGGGCGACCUGGAGGAGCGGAACCGUCAGAAGAACGCCCUCCGCAGCUGGGUGAACCAACAACGAGCCCUUUGUGCAGAGUGGAAUUCCAGACCUGCAAAGUUACGAGCCGAAGCUGCGAGGGCAGAGCUGGACGCGAUGAACGAGUUGCUGGCGAACGUGGGGGAAAGGAAGACCCGAGCUAUGACCGAGCUCUCCAUCGGGGAGGACGGAGAGGACGACCUCCUCGAGGGGCUCGGCAAGCUGGAGACCGAACUCGUGGAGGCAAUAGGAGGGAAGCGCGCCGCACAAGACCUCAUCCAGAAUUAUCGUUCCCACGUCCAGGAGAUCCAGUCGUGGUUCGAUGGCCUCUCGAAGAAGAUAGACGCAGUGGAGAAAGGAAGUGGACAGACGAUCGGCCAGAAAAUCGCCUCGGUGACGGAAAUAGCCUCCGACUUCGAGAACAAGGGGCCGUCCAAGCUCGACGAGGUCAAGGGACUGGGAGACCAGGUGAUGGACUCCGUCAGUAACCUGGACUCCCAGCAGAUAGAGGAGCAGAUCAAGUCCGUGGAGAGGAGGUACGGUGACAUCGGGAAGAAGCUCCAGAGGAAGUCGCAGGUCCUGGACAUGACUGCUCAGGGGAUCGAAGCUACGAAACGGGAGAUCGAGGAGAUUCGGGAAUGGAUCGAUGGGAAGAAGAAGGAGGCGAGAUUGUCCGGUCCCAUAGGAUUCGAGAGCAAGCUUGCCGAGGAAAGGAUGCUCGCUCUUAAGGCAACGUUGAAGGAAGCCGAGGGUAAACAGGUGCUGAUCGAAACAUUGGAGAAACGAGUCGGCAAUAUGCAAAACGAGCUGGAAGCGAGCGAACAACAGCAACUCGAGGCCGAUGCGAGAGCUCUUCGCGGCGAACAAGCGGAACUUUGUUCGAUUCUUCGAGAAGAGAUCUCAUCGGCGACGGCGUCCACGAAUGCGCGAAGGAAACUCGAAGACGACCUCGAUAAAGCGCGAUCCUGGAUCAAGUCGAGGAGCAACGACCUGAAGAAGCUCAGUGGGUACCUUCCUCUGAAAUCCUCCAAGGUGGAGCAGGACAUCGCUCGGCACAACAACCUGGCGUCGGAUAUAGAAUCCUUCAACGAGACGAACUUGAACGACGUCCUGAAGCAGGGGCAUAGCCUGCUGAAGGAGUGCAACGAGGAGGACCGGCUUCGACUUCAAGCUCUGCUGGACAACGUGACGGAAGAGUACGACGCCUUGAAGAAGGAGGCUCAAGAGAGGCAGGCCGCCCUCGCCGACCUUCUUCAAGGUAGAAAAUCCUUCGAGAGCGAGAUGGACAAGUGUCAGCGCUGGAUAAAGGAAGCCGAAGUCGCAACUUCCCUAGAACUUCGCACGUCCAGCGUCGACGUGCUCCGAGAACAACUCGCAAAGUACGACCGAUUGAAGAAGGAAGCCAAGGAGUACGCCGACGACGUCGAAAAGAUAACUCAGCAGGGGAAGUCGAUCCUGCCGACCAUCAGCGACGCCGACAAACUCGAGCUGAGUGAUCGCCUUAAGAGCAUGAAGGACGCACACGGGAGAGUCGCGGGGAUAAUCAACGAGAGAGCCGCCGUUCUCCAGGCCAGCAUAGACGAGGCCGAAGAAGCAGCAGCGAGAGUAGCCGAAGCGGUGCAGUUCAUGACGGACAUCCAGAGAGAGCUCCAAGAGCUGAACAAGCCGAUAGGGUCUCGAGUGGAAGACGUCGAAGGGAUGCUGCAGGCCUACGAGAGGAUCCUGGACGACCUUAAGGCUAACAAGGCGAAAUUGUCGGACUUGCAGGCCGUCAACAUCGGAGACCUCCACGGAGUGGUCGCCCAGCAGGACGACCUGAUAAGAGCCCUGGAAGACCAGAUAGCCAGACUGAGACAACUCCUUCUGCUCCGCCAACAGUUCAUAGCGCUGGUGACGGAGAUCCUGACGUUCAUCGCCAAGUACACGGAAAUCGUCAGAGACAUCGAAAGUUGCGGGCAGACCACGGAAGACAAGAUCAAGCGAUACGACGACGUGAUCCUGAAGAUCCAGGAAUGCGAAGCCACCCUGGCCAGUGCCACGGAUAAGGGGCAGCAGAUCGCUGUCGAUGGGACCUCGGCGGACAGGAACAACGUCACGGAACAGCUUCAGUCCCUGAAGCAACAGUUGCAGACCCUGAGGAGAGCCGUCGAAACGCAACGAGAACGGCAUGAACUCGCAGCGGCUGAACACAAGCGACUAGCCGAGGAACUGGCCGCCAUCUUGGACUGGUUGGAAGGCAAGGAGAAGGACAUCAAGUCUCGUCCUCUUCUGGAAAGGGACCCCAACAGUGUCGAGACCGAGUUGAACGACCACAAGAUUCUCCGCGACGGCGUUAACGAGUACCUCGACAAGAUCAGGACCCUAAAGGAGUCGGUGCGCCAUGAAGACGGCAUGCCGGGGUCCUUGAAGGAGAUGCUGAGCGAGGCGGUGUCUUUGCUGUCGUCUCUUCCCAGGGAGCUGGAGGAACGGGGAAAUUAUUUGGACAACAAUCUGCACUUGAGGCUGGAUUAUGCGGUGCUGACGGAGAAGCUUCAGAACUGGGUCCGAGAGGCGGAAAUCCGACUGCAGAGCGACAAGGAGGGGCUCGACUUUGAGAACAUCCUCAGCGACCUAGAAGAGCACAAGAUCUACUUCAGCACCGAGGCCUCCAUCAGGGAGCUGGUCUCCCAGCAGAUUCAACAAGCCGCCGACAAGAUCUGGCCGUCCCUAAACGCGGCCGAACAGGAGGAGCUCAGCGCUGAGCAGCAGCAGCACACUCAGUUGCUGAAGAACACCUUGAACACCGCCAAGUCGCAACGAGCUAGGCUUGAACAAGGCGCGGAAACGUGGCGGGACUAUCAGCAAAGCUUGGAACGCGUUGGGGCAGUUAUCGGCAGGACGAGGUUCACCGAUGAACCCGUCACCACUCUCGCUGGUCUGCAGUUCAACAUUCAGAAGAUCACGCACGCCCUUAACGACAUCCAGAAUCAACAGUUCGAGUUGGACCUUCUGAACGAACGUGGAGUCGAGGUGCUGCGCCAGGCGGACCCCACCAACAAGAAGAUCAUCGAAGCCCAACUUGCCGGGACAACUGCCGAGUGGAAAGAGCUGGUCUCGGGGUUGGAAGGUCGCAGAGAUGCCCUGGAAGCUUUGUCCAGACAUUGGGAGGAGCUGGAGACACGUUGGACCCUGACGGAAGCGAGAUUGAACGCCAUCGAGGAAAGGAACAAACUCGUCGACACCGUCGUACGGUCGAAGCAGCACCUCUGCGACACCGUCAAAUCCCUGGAUGAACUCCUGGCGGAAGCUGAAAAGCUCAAACCGGCAGCGGAGGAAGUGAAGGCGCUGGCCGGGCCCGUCCUGGCAUACCUCGCGGCCUUCAUCGAAGCUCCUGCUCGAGCCCUCGAGGAACGCCUCGACAAGCUGCAGAAGAACGUCGAAACGCUCGCCGAUUCCCUGCAAGAGCGGUCGGAGCUCGCUCGCUCUGAGCUCUCGUCGUUGGAGAGGACCGAGGCGGAAGUCGCGCGACUAAGAGACCGCCUCUCCGAGGCGGAGCAGCGCGCGAGGUCGCUCCACGUGUUCGGCGCCGACCAGGAGGCCGCUGCGGCGGAGUCGUCGUCCCUCGCGAGGCACCUGGAGGACCUCGUGGAGGCGGCGAAGGGCCUCUCGGGGAGCACCAAGGCGCGGUACCAGGCCAGCCAGCAGCUGGUGCCAACCGACCUCGGCAACCAGCUGACGAGCCUCGAGCUCGCGGCCGAGGCCGCCGUCCAGGCCAUGGAGGAGAAGCAGCGAGAGCGGAAACGCGCCAGGACCACCAGGUCGGACUACCUCGCCGACGUGGAGGACCUGCAGACCUGGGUCGCCCAGGCGGAGCUGAAGGUCCAGGAUCGCACCGUGGACCCCGCGAAAUUGAGGGACCACCUUCGUCAGAUUCAGAACGAGAUGGGGCCCAUGGGGGAUAAGCUCGAAAGGCUCACCAGGAACGCCAGGACCAUCGUGGAGAACACAAGGGACGAGGACGAGAAGGAGCUCGUCCAGGGUACCGUGGCCAAUCUUACCGAUCAGCUCGCCCAGGUGCGAUCCUGGCUCGACGAGAGACUUCAGGUCGUCGCCGACACCCUCGACGCCUGGCAGAGGUUCCUCACUCUCUAUGAAGCCGUCAAGGCCUGGACGGAGGAGAAGAAGCUGUUCCUGGCCGACCCUCUCAAACUCACCAGUCUGGUCCAGGCCAGGCAGAGGCUGCACGAUUACUCGACGGCGGUGAAGAGCUGCAAGCAGGUGAACAAGAACCUCGGCGACAUGAGCAAGGAAUUGGAAAGCAUCGGCCAGGUGACGAGCGUAGGUGACCUCCCGGAGAAGCUGACGGAGGCCGAGGAGGCCAAAGUCGAGGUCGAGGGCAAGCUCCUGGAGAGGAACGCCCUUCUACAAGAGACCAGCGAGGAGUGGGAACAGUGCGAGAGGAAGAUGAAGGAUGUCCGACAGUGGAUAGAGAAGGCGCGACAGACCUUGGAGUCUCCACAGAACAAGAAGAAGCCCCUGAGGGACCAGCACGCCAUCAGGGAGAAGAUGCUCAGCGACGUCGCCAUCCAAAAGACGAAGAUCAGCAUCUCGGUCGAGAAGCUCCAGGUCCACUUCAGGUCCGGGGUCGGCGGCGACAACAAGGUCGCCGAGGCGGCCCAGGACCUGAUCAGGGACCUCAACGUCCUUAAGGACUCCGUCAAGGAGCAGACCACCUCCCUGGAGACCUGCCUCCUGCAGAUCGACCAGUACCAGCAGGAGAUUCAGCAGCUUCGCCAGCAGAUCGUCCAAGCGGAUCAGCAGCUCAGGGCCGUCCUGAGCCCCACGUAUCUUCCAAACGACCGCGAGAAGGCGCUGCAGGAGCAACAGGCCUUGCAGACACAGAUGGACAGUUGGAAGCAGCGCUCGAGAUCGAUGCUGGAUCAGAUACUGAAGGUGGACCCUAACUUUGUCCCGACUUCAGAGCCCCAAGGCGCGAGGCAUCCGGGAUCGAUAUCGUACGCCGAUAUCGCGGCCGGUAGAAGCAGUCCAGGCUCGAGAAGCGCGAGUCCCUUCAGAAAUCAGCGAGAAGAGCCCCCGGUACCACCUCCAUCGUCCUCGACCUCGGCGAAGGGGAUGGUCCAGCGACCUCGUCCAGAAGAGCCGAAAGACCCUUCAUCCGGUCCCACAGGUGCGGUCCAGGAGGAGAGGCUGAAAGAAGAGGUUGAGAAAGUUGCGAGCAACCCUGGAGCCCCCAGGAGGGGAAGGUCCUUGACGAGGAAGACCUCGGGAAAGGGUGGAAGGAAGGAUACUCAAGAAAUGGGGACCAGGGUCCAGGGGGACGAUUCGAGGUCCAGGGAGCAAGGUCGGUCGCCGGCCACUCUGGCCCCUAGGGAGGACUCCAGGAGGCGGUCGCCGAGCCCCCUCUGGGUCCCAGGAUCCACGACCUAUGCCGAUAUCCUGCGAGGACGCAUGCAGGCCAACUUUUCCAGGGCCUCCUCGGAGCCUGUAGGAGCGAACGAGGACGAGAUGGUGCAGCUGACCAGCAAGGACCGCUCGUUGGAGCGACCUCGACGAGAGGAGCCAACGCCGGUCCUGGAGGGUUCCGGGAGCAAGGACUUCCCCCAGGGGCAGGAGGAACCUGCCGAGAUCCAGGUUCCCGUUCCCUAUGGUAACGUCCAGCAGGUGCAGGAGGAACCGGAGCCUGAUAUUCCGGGACACGUUGAGGAGGUUCCUGCGGCGUUCCCCACGGACUCGGGCAACUGGGCCGACGAACCGCUGGAGGAUUAUGUCUUGGAGGGCAAGCACUACGAGGAGGUCGCCAGGAACCCGGCUCCUGCAGAGAUGUACGACUAUAUCCAUCCCAUGCCCGAGCUGGUGGGGUACAUCAACUCCCAGUUGGGAGCGUAUCCUGUAGGUUCCUACGUGUACGCGGCUGCUCCCCAGCAGGUGCAACAGCUGGAGCCCAUCGCCCUGAACACGUUCGACGGCCACAUGGGCUUCCCUGGGGAACGCUACGUCGCUCAAGCUGCAUAUCUCGCCACUCCUGGUCCCGAUGUCUAUCAACAAAGAAGUCUAAUCAGACAAUGUCCCCAGACCGAACUGAUCCCUCCACCAGCCAUGUUGCCCCAACCUCGAGCACCUCCGGUCGAGGUCCUGCAGGUUCCAGUUCAGAGGCAGGAACCGGAAACCCUUGUUCCGGAACCUGCAGCUGAAGUAGGUGAUCCCGAAGAGACGAAAGUUUCCCCGUCGCAGGAGGAACCACCCGUGGAAGAGGGGAACGUGGAGGACCAGAACGAGGAACCAGGUGGCAAGGUCGACGCGAAAAGUCAGUCCUUUUCGUAUGCACAGAUUUUGUCGCAAGGGUUGAGUCAACGGGUGCUGGUCGGCACCGUGGUGCCACCCACGAAGGUGAACCCUGAAGUUCCGACUACCUUGCACGAGGUCUCACCUCCUAAAGAGGUCAGGUUACCGAAGAAGAUGGAACCACAAGUGGAGAAGACGAAGCAGAAGGAAAACGAGUGGGACACGACCAGGAAGAGGGAGACGAGGAAGAGACACCAAGAGGAGAAGAAGCCUGAGGAAGAUAGGAGAAAAAAGGUGGAGAAGCAAGGAUCGAACAAGGCGGAACAAAAUGUUCCAGCCAAGCAAACGAUGGGACCUCAAGAACGCGUGGUUACGAAGGACUCACAACACGGAAAGAAGAAGACGGAGGUGAAGGAGGUUAAGGAGGAGGGAAAAGAGGAGAAGGUGUGUGGACAAGUCCUGGAGGAGGCGGCGCCUCAGCAGGAGAAGAAGAGGAAGCAGAAGAGGAAGAAAACUGGAAAAAACACGGAUGACGAGAUUGACAAAGCCUUGAAGGAGAUAGAGGACAUGGAUAAGCAGCAAAAGGCGAAGGCUGCGAAGGACAAGUCGAAGGAAACGACGAAAGUCAAGGAGGAAAUCUCCGAUUCGGGGAGGACGAAAGUGGAGAUUUCUAAAAAUGAGGAGAAAACUAAGAGGCAGGAGAAGGACAAGGAAAAGGUGAAACUGGAAAAGAAUGUAGACGACAAGGAAAACGAUGGGAGGAGCAAGGAGGUCAAGGUGAAGGAGGAGGUGAAGAACAGACAAAUUAAAUCCGAGGGUAAGGAUGAUGCUAAAGGGAAGAAACAUAACUCUAAAAAUCAAGGGAAAUCGAAAGAGACUACCUCGACGGAGAGUGUUAAACAAAUCGAGGACGACGACAAAGGCAAGAAAGAAAACGGGUCGAAGGACCAAACGAAGAUCGAGGUUAAGGUCGAAGGAAAAGGAACUGCCUUGGGAAAAACCGAGGAAUCGGUAGAGGCGGCCAAACUCGAAAAGGAAUCGGAUUCUAAAGCGAAUGCGGAUGUCAAAGAAGCGACCAAGACAAUGCCUGGGAAACAAGAGAAGGGAAAGAAUCGUGCCAAAAUUCAGAAGGAACAGACGCGACCUAUAAAUGAAAAUAAAGCUGAGAACAAAAAUGUCGAGAAACCUCCAGCGAAACAGCCAGAACCAAAAGAAGAAGAUAAAGUCAAGGAGGGAACGCCGAAAGAUGAAAUAGGCAAACCUGCACCUGAGAAUAAACGAGAGAUUAAAAAAAUCGAUGAGAAAGAAGCGAAACAAGGAAAGGAAGGAAAAUCAAAGGGUGACAAGAAGUCAAAAAAAUCGACGGAUACGAAGGAGGUUAAUAAGGACAUCAAGAAGCCGGUUAAAGUCGAGGAGACUAAAAUUCAAGAACAGCCUAAAGGCAAGGUAACGAAACAAAAGAAAGAGGAGAUUAAAGCACAGGAUGAAGAGAAAGUGCAUCCGGCGAAAGCGAAGGAACAAGAUCAAAAGGAUAUUAAAAAAGAAGACGAAAUGGUGGUGACGAAAAAAGAUGCGAAAAUUUCUGGAUGUGGUAAAUCUGAGACGAAACGAGAAAUCGCGCCUAACGAAGCAGGGAAAGUUGAACAAGACGUUGAUAAGAUUGAGAACAACAAAGAGACGAUAAGCAUCGCUAAGGAGACCGAAAAUGUAGAGACGUGCAAAAUUAAAUUGACAGAAGUUGCCAAGUCCGCAGAAAAUAUUCAGACUGCAGUUGCACCGAAAAUCAAUGAACCACCUCCGAAAGAAUCAGAUGCCGAAAUUACUCCGAAAGUAGACAAGGAAGUGAAGGAAGUCAAGAAGAACAAAGACGAACCGAAGGAAAAGGCGAAAUCGCCGGAAAAAGAAACGACGAAGCCAAAAGCUCAAGAAAAAUCGAAGCAUGGAACUUUGAGCAUCAAACAGACCACAAGUAAAAAUAGAGCUCAGAGGUCAGACACUAUGCAAAUUGAUUUGACAAUGAAAGAAGAACCGAAAGAUAGGAUUGCACAAGAUUCCGGGAAUGCACCUGCAAUCGUGGAUAUUGUAGAUGUGAAAAAGGAGAGUGAAAUUAAAAUGGAAGCUUCUUCCGGGGCGAUUCCAAAAAUCAAAAAACAGGAUAAGGUCAAGUAUAAGGGGAAAUCUGCGGAUGUUGAAGAGACCUCUUCAACAGGGAGUGAAAAAUGUGGCGAGACUCUGUCUACAUCUGCAACUAAUGUUUCGGUUAAAGACCAGGUUUCGGAAACAGGGAAAUCGGCAGGGGAAAAGAAGUCCCAGGUCAGCCAAGAGUCACAAAACGAUACGAAGAAAAAAAUCGAAGGCCAAUCGAAAAUUUCUGAUCCUAGGACGAUACAAGCUCCUGCCUUCUUCGACAAGUUCGAGGAGGAGCUCGUAUUCGAGGAUAAAGCUCAAAUUAUUGACUCGAAAACUAAAGCAUCGCCUAAAAAAGCGCCCAAGCAAGAGCAAUUCAAACCCAAGGAGAGUAGUUCCGUCAAGAUCACAGAUUCAAGUGAAGCAGCCAAGGAAAAAUCUGUUCCUGAAGAGCAAAUUAAAUCCAAAGAACCAGUUAAGGAGAAAAUUACCGAUCAACCUGAAGCAGCUAAACAGAAAUCUACUUCCGAAAAGCAAAUUAAAUCAAAUGAAUCAGUUAAGGAGAAAAUCACCGAUCAACCUGAAGCAGCUAAGCAAAAAUCUGUUCCUCAAGAGCAAACCAAGUCCAAACCGUCACCAAAAGACGGGGUAAAAAAAUCCAAUCAGCCCCCAAAAAUAAAAGAUUCGAAAUCAAUCCCAGAUGCCACCGCCCAGGGCGAGAGGUCUCUUGGUGAAGAAAUCGAAUCGAGAGCCAAAUCACCGGCCUGCGGUCGGGCAAAGAAAAACGAGGAACACCCCAAAGCGAUGCGCAAAGACAAACCCACCGAGAAGGACGAGCAGGAUCAACGAGUCGCUUCCAAGGCCCAGAUUCCCGAUUCCCAAAAAGCCUCCCCCGUAAGCGACGCGAAAUCCCCCUUGGAAGGGGCUCGAUUAGGGAAAGCGUUGAUCAUUGAAAAAACCGUGACUACCGUGACCACCACCACUUCAGGGUGCGAGGAGCUUAAGCCGCCUUCCGUCAAGUCCGUCAAGUCCUUCGAGAUCCUUGAGAACGUUCCUCUCCCACUAACCACCACCUUAGGCACAGAAAGCACCGAACUAAUCACAUUAUGUCCAGACACUGUCGAAGCUAGUCUUACGACCACUUAUGCUAGAGUAGCUGGUACCGAAUCGACUGUUAAUCCGCGAAUCGAGGCUAUAGAUCGAGUACCAGGACCCUCGUCGGGGGAUUUCGAAGGUAAAUCCCGACCUACGGAGGUCGGCCAGAAGGACGAGGUCGUCCUGCUCGGGAGUGUUGGAGAUGAGGGAAAUGUUCCGUCCAGUGGGGAGAAAAUUCCCAAGGGCGCGUUGUUAGGCGAUGAAGGGAAUCAGGGUUCACCUAAAAUGGCCACUUCGACGGAGGAGGAAGAACUCUUCCUGAAGAGCGUGGAAUGUAAACUAGGAAAGAGGAAGCAACGUCCUGCGCUUCCCGAGGAGUUCAUGACCCGGGAAGGGAAGGGAGUUGUUGAGAAAAAAGGGUCGUUGGAGGGGAAGAUAGGAGUUGAGGGAAAAAAGAGCGAUCGGGGUGAUAAGGUUGAUUCGGAGGGAAUCGUUGAAGAGAAAUGUCCUUUGGAGGGUAAGACGGAAGUCGAUAAAAAAAAUAGCGAUCGAGGGGAUAAGGUCGACUCGAAGGAAGAGUCGAAGAACCUCGAGGUCAAAUCCGAAGGAUCGGUCGAAGAAGGCAAACGCGAGGAUAAAGCGGAUCCUCGGGAAAAGGAUAUCUCUUCUCCUUCUAAAAAAUCGAAGCAAGCGAAGACGAAGAAGUCGAACAAGGAGGAAGGUGGAAAGGAUCCUCCUCGCUCGCAACAGAGUAAAUCUAAGGAAAAGGAGAAGGAAGUUUCAGAAUUGAAGGAUCAGGACGCAAUUGAUAUCAAAAAGGACACCGAUACUAAAAAAGAGAGGGUAGUUGAAAAGACGACGCCUGCGGUCCCUGAAAAUCAAUCCUACAUUGCAAAACCUGAGUUGACGAGCAAGGAGCAAAGCAGGACAUCCACCAUAUCGGACGUUUCUGACAAAAAUGAUAUCGCGACAAUCGAAGGGGCCGAUGAUACCGCGUAUCAUUCGACGGACAUGAUUAAACCCUACUGGAUCGACUAUCACCUUUACUCACAGGCGGAGACCGAUUUCCACCAGAAUUAUAAAGUCGUGAAAGUAGUCAAAGAGCCUCCGGCGCCAUCUUGUGCCCUGAAGAUGAGAUCUUCGAGUAUAGAAAGGCUGGUCCAGAGUUCGAAGUUGAAGCCACCGGAAACUGAAGCCAUCUCGGACGAGCCUUCCAUUUCCCCGGAAACUGAUUCGCGAAUUUCCGCACUUUCCGCCGAAUAUUCGGAAUAUCGAGCCGCCAACAUCUACGAACUCGAGUCUCGGUGGAUCGAUCAUGUCCGGUCCACGACUGCGAUAAAGGAUGGAAUUAAAAGCGACGAAGAGAAGAAGGAAAUUGAAAAUAAAAAUUCGGGCGACCUAUCAAAGAAUGUUUCGGUUGACGAGGAAAUUAAGGUCCUCGAAAAGGAGCCUGAAGUCGUAAAAAUCGAGCCGGAAGCUGGAAAAAGGGAGGAGGUAAAACGCGAAUCCGUGCACCUGGUCGCAGGUGACGAUUGGAUGUCCAUCUUGGAUGAGCCGAUGAUCCUGGAGGACGAUGACUUCGACGAACCGGAAGAUCGGUCGAAAAAGGAGAUACAAAGUAAACUGGAUUGUACAAUACCACCUAAGAACAAGGCUAAGGCAACGAAGAAAAAGACAACGCCGGUCGAAGACGUGAAAAUUGAAGAAAUCAAGCUGGAAGUGCCGAAAGGAAGCAAAGAAGCAAAAAUGACGGAGGUUACGAGCAAGCAGAAAGGAGACGAGAAAAUUCAAACGGUGGAAAGUGUCGAGAAGAAAUCGAAACUCGAGGGAAAAACGACGGAGAAGGAACUGAAACCAGAAAAAGAAGAAGUAGACGACGAGAAGGCCAGGGAGAAAAAACAAGGAAACAAGGAACAUGGAAAAUCUAAGAAGGAAAAAUCGGCACCGAAACAACCGAAGAAAAGUGAAGAAGCCAAACUGAAGAAAGAAGAGGUGGCCGUUGAAGUAGGAGGAAAGGAAGUGGAGGUUCCCACCUCUUCCAAGGAUGAAAAAGUGACGGAAAUUAAAGCGACUCCUGAAUGCAUAGAACGGAAUAAAUCCAGCGAACCCCAAGAAGUCCCAACUUUGGAAAAGCAACCAGAAAAAGAAACUUCAUCUCCUGCAGCGACUGCGUCAAAAAAUGUCGCAAAGGAGAAAUCAACCCCGAAGAGGACCGACGAAAAGAAAGAAACGCAGUCAUUCGACAGCAGAUUAAAUCCAAACGCGAAGUCGUGGGUUUCCACAACUUCUUCAGCUUCGACUGGACCUGAAACUUCAGACGAGGUCCAAGAACCCCAAACUUCAGGAUCUACAGCAGCCUCGCAGGAGCCCCAGGAGAAGUCGGCCCAGAAGAAGACCCAGAAGAAGCAGCCGAAGAAGGAGAUUAAGGACGAAUGCAAGCUUUCAAAGGAGGAGGCUCCGAAAAUAGUCUCUCCCGAGAACUCUGAAGAGAUGGCAACCAACGAGGUAAAAACGAGUCCAAAAAUCCUGCCACAAUCUGAAGAGGUCCCUAAAGACUCGAAAUCCUAUGCCGAAGUCACAGCGAAGUCCUCUUCAAGAAGGACCUCUCCUAUGCGCCAAGAAGAAGAAGUCGUCGCUCUAGACAUUGACGUGUCAAAAUCCGCCUCGACGGAAAAGGAUCUCGAAGUAGUUUCGGAUUUAAAGGACUCGCAAAUCUCUUCCAAGGUUGUCGUCCAGGAAGAGGCGACGACGGAAGUCCUGAAAACAACGGGGGGGACUUCUUCAGCUUCUUCCGAGACUUCGCAGGUUAAGAUCGAAGAUGCGUCGACUCUGUCGGCUUCUGAAAAAGAGAAGACAUCGAAUUUAAAUUCGGACGAUUUCGGGAAACAGGAGUCCAGCUCUUGGGCCGAAGUCGUGGCCAAGAAGCAGGCAGACUUGGACUCCAACGAUGCUCAAAUUUGCACCCCAGAAAUUAAAUCCGUUCCCCAGGAGCGAACUCCCACAUCUCGAGCUCUCCCCCAGAUUCAGAUCCACGUGGACGAGUCCCAGGAACCGGAGCCCGUGAAGAACAUCGUUGAAGUGGACGAGGAAGGUUUCAUGGAAUUUGUGAAUCGCCGAGAACUCCGUUCGAGAAGAUCGAGAUCUCGUUCCAGAAGUUCCAGACGUCAGGACGAGGGCUGCACUCCUCAGGAACGAAUCAAGGAUCAAAAGGAAGAGGCGAAAACCGAAACCGCUAGUGAAGAGGUCCUUGAGAAGCCGGGGACGAAGGAAGGCAUCGCUAUGGCGAAGAAACAGGAAAAGGGGGCGAAGAAAGCGAAGAAAGUGGCGGAAAAAAUUGAAGUUUCCAACGAAUCGAAGGCGGAAACGAAGGAGGAAUCUUCGGAAGUGUCCAAGGCGACGAACCCGAAGGAGAAGAAGAAACCGUCGAAAGGACAAGGUGCUCAGCAAAUCCAGGAACAGAAGGAAAGCCAGAAAAUUACAAAGACCGACGCGAAGAUGCCGAAAGAAAUUACGGAUACGGUAAAAACCGAUAAAGAAGUGCAGAAGACCGAGACAGUCGAUACUUCGAGCAUAGAGACGAAGAAAGAGUCUCCAAAGAAGGAUGAGAAUAAAAAUAAAACCACUAAAGAUGAAGAACGAUCGGUGGAAAUGACGGAUAAAAGUGAAGACGUGUCGGACAAAAAGAUAGAAAAAUCGAAGUCCAAAAAUAAGUCCAAGCAAAAAUCGAACAUCGAAGUGACAAAAAUGGAGGUCGCGAAUGUAAAUCAGCCGACUGUAGAUAAAGAACUCGAAAAGGCGAAACAGAAAACGGAAGAUAAAUCGAAGCUGUCAGAAAAUAAGAAGAAAGAAGAAAGUAAGUCACUACUCCCAGUUGAAGAUUCAAAAACGAAAGAAAAAUCGGAAGCCGAAGAAAAUUUUAAGGUCAUCGAGGCUGUGAAAUCGGAGAAAGAUGUUGAACCGACGAAGGAUCAGGAAGUGGAGUCCAAAGGGAAGGGAAAGGGUAAAUCGAAGAAAGGAAAAUCUGGAAAGGGGGCAGUUAAAAGUGAUCAGGAAACUAAAUCAAAAGAAGACACCGAUAAAUUUGGCGUACAGCAUGCAAAUGAACAGGGAUCUGUGGAGACGGUAAAGGAAGAAAAUGUUGCGGCCAAGGAUAGCGAUAAGUCCGAGAAAGAGAUUAAAACGGAAGAGAAAUUAGCAACCGUAGAAAAGGAUAAGGACAAGUCCGAGAAAGACAUUAAAGCGGAAGGAAAAGCGACGACUACGUCGAAAGUCGAGGAACAAGCAAAGUCGAAAUCUAAAUCAAAAGGGAAGAAAGGAAAGCCGAAUUCCGAAAUUGCAAUUCAACCGGCAAUUACGUCUGUAAAGGAAGUAAAUACAACCGAACAAACUGAAAAAUCCCUGCAAGAAGAACAAGUUGUAGGGAAUAAACCUGAAGUUGUUCUUCAAGUCGUUGCGGAAGAAGUAAAAAAACAUGCCGAGGAAGCAGUGAAAGAAGAAGUUAUAAAAGCCGAGUCCAAAACUGAAGAGAAAUCUAACGAAAAUGUGACUCGUAUAGAUAAGACGGAAGAAAAAUGCGAAUCGGAAUCGAAGAAGGAGCAAAUUGUAGAAGAUCGUUCCGUCGUCAUCCAGGACGACAAAGAUCUGGAUGCAUGUGUAGAAGUAACGGAGAAAUUGGAGGAUGGUUUCGUCCAUGUUGAGAUCAAGUCGAAAAACAAAGUCGAGAUUAAAAAUCCCGUGGCACCGAUCGAACUGCCAAAAAAAAUUGAUACCACCGAGUCGAUCAUUGUCGCACCCUCAGUCGAAAAGAAAGACGAAGAAACUCUUGGUAAAAACGUCAUCAAAUCUACAGAGCCUAAAAAAGAAUUUAUAGUCCAGAAAGUGGAGGAGAGCGCCGUGAAGACGGAAGAGAAAAAAGGAAAAGCGGAAGAGAAGGAAACGAAAUCAGUUCCCUCAAAAGAUAAGUCGAAAAAAUCGGACAAGGAUCUGAAGGAAGAGAAAAUAGAAAAAAUUCAGUCAGAAAUAAAGGCACUUUCUGAAAUUAUUGUCAAAAUAGAAGACGCUCAAAAAUCAGGAAAAAAGGAGGAAGACGCAGAAGUCCCUACGGCCGAAAAACCAAAACCAGAAGAGCCCUCUAAAGCGAGUGAAGAUGCAGUUGUUCCAAAAUCUUCUGAAAAGAAGUCUAAAAAAGAGAAAGCGAAAAAGGACAAACUUGCAGAACAGACGUCGAAGUCCGACGCCAAUAGUGCAAACGUUCCUGAAGGGGAAGAUAUUAAAACGGAACCCAAGACGACUCCUUCAGGACCCGAAGAGACACCUUUGUCAUCAAUUUCUUCUCCCGAAGAGGUGAAAAAAUCCAAAGAAGAGACUUUAGUCUCCACGAAAGUCGAGCAACAAGUCACGCAGACCCCGAAGAGCCCAACAAAACCAGAGCCCUUGAAAAUCGAGUCCAGGGAAGAAUCGUUCGUGGAGUUCCCCAAUCCUGAAGAGUUAUCUCCCGAGUUUAUCGAAAUCUCAGAUGUGGACUCUCUGGACCAGGACGUCCCUAUGAGAAAAUCCAAGGUACAGUUCUUCAUAGCAGACGACCUCGUGGUGGUUUCCCCGGACAGGCCGAAACCCCCAACGAGUCUCGAGAUCCUCGAAUCUUCGAAAGCCUCGUUAUCAAAAUACAUAUCCCUGGAUGGAGGGUUCUGGCUGGACAAGCGUCAUUAUCACGAGGCAGAGCGCGACCUCUUCGAGAAUCUGGCAUCUCGAGGUAGAAAAAUUCCGAAAUCGGAAGGAUCUCGCCCCAGCGAUCGAGAUCCCGAUCCCGACGAGGAUCGCGACCCGAAUGAAAAGGGGGAGGGAGGUGGAGGUGGACCUAAGCCCCCCUCAGGGGAAUUGCCCUCCGACCUCGCGACUCCCCUCACCGAGAGACUCGUCGCCGACCUGCCAGGGGGGAUUUGUAGCUGGAGCGAUUACAGCACCUACAUAUCCCCCGAAAGUCAGGAAAACGAUACCUCGUUUAACGACGCACCUCCGAAGCGGGACGUGAUCGAUUCCUCGAAAGACUCCCUUAGAAAGGGGUAUCUCUCUCAGCCUGUCGAAACAAACAUUGCCGUUUCCCCGGAAGGAAUCGACAGGUGGAGCGAUAGAAUUCCUCCGUCGGGGUCGUAUAGCGAUUGGAACGCGGAGGAGACUCCGUGGGGUAACGUAGGGUCUUUAGGAAUAGAAGCGACUUACCUGGUCGAGCGCCGGGCGGGAACUGAGGGUGCGUGGCCCGCAUCGGGCUCGCCGAGUCGCGUCGGUCCUUCGGGUGAGAUCGGCGGCGCUCGGGCGCCGCCCGCAGUCGCUCAGCAGGGUGACUCGUCCGAGAGGGUGCACUCCCGCGUCAAUGCCACCCCCGCACUCGACCCGGAAGGGUCGCGGGAGCGUCGUUCUUCUGAGAACGACGUCGCCGAUCGAAAUCUCGCCGACGACGACGAAGGUCUCGAUCGUACCGCCGAACUCGUUCGUAGGAUGACCGAGGACCUCGUUACCGAGACGGACCCACCCUUCUUCCGAUCCCUGCCCUCUUGCUCUCUCUUUUCUCGCUCUAGUCCCGCCGUUUCCUCCAUUCCAAAGUCUACAGGGAAUUUAGGUAAAGAGACUCGGGGAUCCGUCCAGCAAUGGAGUUCCACGGGGGAGAUGGAGAGAGAGUCGGGGGCGACUACCGAGGCUAAAAGAAUCCUCAGGAUAAAGGAGUCAGUAGCCGGAGAUUUGAGUAGCCUGAAGAGCGCGGUUAAUCGCCUUGAAGAGACCCUCGGCGAUCUUCCCAAGGACACCGUGGAGUCCAUGUUCUCCGCCAUCGCGGUUGUCCUGACCGAGCUGAGGCUGAACGAUCAAGAAGCGACUCGCAUCUCUUCGGACAUAUCCAGGAUUCCUGGAGACCUUGAAGCCAGGCAUUUACUUGCACUCCUCGGGGAAAUUCGGGGGAAAAUCUCCCUUCUUUUGUCAGCUGCCGAACAGGGGGCCGUGGCUCUGGAACAUGCUCGACGUGUUCAGGAACAACGCGAGCGACAAGUCCUAGCUUACCGACAAUUCCUGGAGGAAACCGACGCCUGGUUGAAGGUGGUCGUGUCGACCAUCAGCGAACACCGGUCUGUCGACACUUACAAGAUAUUGCAGGACGAGCUGAUCGUCAGGACGCACCGCGUCUCCCAGCUGGAGACCCUGCCGGAAGUCUGCGCUCUGGCGAAGAACCUGAAGAGGGCCUUGAUGGAAAUGUCGACGCGUCUUCGGCAGAAGCAGCAGGACCUGCUCGGAGAAGACUCAUCGACCCAACCCGACGACGAGACCACCCUGGACCGCGACGACGCUACCCUGGACCAGGCACCGUCUAUAAAUUCCUCCCUGGGAGAAGGUCCUCCAUCUUUAGCAGACGUAUCUCUACAAACAGGCCAAAGUCUGAUGGGAGACGUGACAACGAUCGAACAGAAACCUCCAUCAAGACAAUCCAAGCAAACCUCGACAACCCCGAUGCCGGUGUCCACGUUCUCCCAAACCCUGGGAACGCCGACCUCGAGUCCACCAACAGGCAUCGAGACCCAGGAGGCCAUCAAGGUGCUGAAGACCAGGCAAGGGAACCACGACGUAAUCGAAAUCGCGACGAAAAACAUCCCGGCAAGUCCAAACCUAGAGUCGUCGCGACGGGAACACGUCGGCGUGCUCCCUGACGACGUGGUCGUCGACAUGAAGUACCAGGACGCCAAGCAAAAGGAGAACGCGAAAUCCGAGCUGAACAUCCUGCACUCCACGCCCUUCGAGACGGUCCUGGUGGAGCCUGACGACGUCACGACAGAGGUGGUGGUGGACGCGGAUGGGACCAAGAGGAUCAUUGUCAGGAAGCUGCGGCAGACCCUGGUGACCAGCAGCCAGACCACCCAGCAGCGACUUUCCUCCCUGUCGUCUUCGGUAGGAGAGGGUACCCCAACCGUGCAAGCCUUCUCCGAAGCUACCGUAAGGGACCAGAGGUUGACGGUGACGAGGACGAGGCCCGAUGGGACCGUGGAGAUGUCGACGAGGAGGUCCUACGGAGGUCGCGUCGCCGCUGGUACUCCUGGAGACCUGGUGACGGUGGAGGAGUACCAGUCCCCUGCUCGGUACACUCACCACGUCCUUCAAGGGACUCUUCAGGUUCCUCCUGCUCCCGAGAUCGGCGAGGAUUCGCAGGGCGUCGCCGAGCAGGGUCGGGAUUUCCGGACGAAGACGUCGAGUGUGCACGCCGUGGUCCAGCAGGUCACCAGAAGAGUCAUCAGGAGGACCCGACGCAUCGUGAGGAAGGUGACGGUCAUCGACGGGAAGGAGACCACGUCCGAGGAGAUCAUCGAGGAACCCGAAGAGGUGGAGAUUGAUGAGACGGACAUUCCACACAUCAGCAUCAACGUGGUCAAGGACGAGGACUCGAGCUUCUUCGGCGGGAGCGACACCUCGAAGGGGAUGCCGGCUGAUAAGGUAUCUACGCCCGAUAGUCCCAUGCAAGGACCUUUCUUUGGGCCGUUUGCUAAGGACAUGACCCCGAAGAGUGUUCAGACUCCGCAGCGGGCCACCAAGUCGACGGCCAUCCCCGAGGAUCGGCGGUCACGAGGCGUCCUUACAGGAUCGGGGUCGGAAGAAGGGUCGUCCUCUUCCCAAGGACUCUUCCAGGAACGCGGGAAACAGGGGGGAAUCUUUCCGGAAGGAAGGCAGAGUCCUCUCGACGGUGACGAUGUCUUUGAUUCGGCUCCUGGACGGAAAGUCCUUCGCGAGGACAAAUACGAAAUCGAGUAUUUCCCAGCCGAGGUAAAGGACACCGCAGGAUCGGUCAAGGAUGAUCAGGUACCGGGAACGUAUGUCGUAGAGACCGAUGUUUUGCAGACUUCCAUCGAGGACGCGUCCGUCGCCGACGCGAAAGCUGCGUCUUCGACGGCGUCCACCCCGGUCGACGACCUCAUCCCUAAGGCGACUUGUAAGUCUGACGAUGUAGAGAGCCAACCACCUGGUAUCAUGCUAGAAUCUGUCGACCUAGGCACGGUAGAAGUAGAACAGCACGCAGAUGGUAUUCGCACCGUAGAAGCUGAUGACGAUCACGGUAAAUCGAGUAUCGCUGUAUUAGAAACCCGGGAACUCAUCGAGGGAGGGCAGAGGAUGUUCUCGGGGACGACUGAGGGCGCAGCGGACGAAGUCGCGGAGCCCUUCCCGAAGAGCGAGUCCGAAAAAACGACCAAGAAGAUGGAUCCUUCACCGGAAUCGGGAAAAAACAUCGACAGGAAACUCGGAAAACCAGAGACGGCCACUUCCAUCCUCGUGAAGGACCUGGCGACCGAGCAUCCCAGAGAGCCAGUGGAGACGAUAAAGUACCUCGCCCAAAACGUGGAGAACCUCGGUUCUCCGGGUCCAAAGGACGUGGAGAUCACCGUUCGGUACACCCCCCUGGACGACGUUUUCGUAGGACCUCCUGGAGCCCAAAAUCUAGGAACUAAAGGAAGAAUCGAGGAGUUCCUCUCGAUAGAGCGCGCAGAAAGCGAGAAGCAGGGCCAGGAGUCGGUACACAGGAUCCUUCAGAGAGUGGACAUUGAUCUGUCCAUCGAGAAAGAAGGCGAGGAAGGACCCUUCGCUUCCGUGAAAGCUCAGGCCGAGAGACCUUUCGGCGAGUCUGAAACCGAACCCUAUCGCAUCGUGAGAGAGGACUUCGACAUCGUCCUUCCUGCCGAGGAGGAGACCAUUCGUCUGAUCCACAACAAAACCGUGCAGACCGGUGCCUUGUCGACCUCGGAGAAGGAGACGGAAACCAUUCGCGAGUCACCUGUCGAGAAAGAACCCGAAGUGGAGUACGAGUUGUCUGAAAGGAGCGAGACAGGCAGCAGCACGAGUCGAAGAAGUAGGAAAAAGAAAAGACGCAAAGGCGGGGAAGAGACCCCAGAAGAAUCCAGCGCCUCCAUCGCGACGACCCUUGCAGACUCCGUGGACAUCGGCGUGGAACUUUCAGACUCCUCGAGGCACCUCACCGAGGAUCCACAACCUGACGUGGCGGACAUGCUGCAGACCUCGCCGUCUCUGUCGACCUACACCGAAGAAACCCUCGAGAGGGACCACGGGUACGAGGCUGACAAGACCUUCGACGAAGCUUCCGUCAUCGAGGAACGAGUUCCUACGAAGAGCAAGCUGAAGAAGAAGAAGAGGAGACGAAGAGUCGAGCCUAAGAGCAAGGGAGAGGAGGAUACUACGGAAGUUCCGAGGACCAGCACCGAUUCUGUGGAAUUUUCAGAUAGGACAGUGUCCGAAACGGACAUCGUUUCCAAGGAGGCGAGUGAAGACGUCGAGGAAUCUCCCGCAACGUCUCUCAAACCUAUCCUGACGGAGACGGACGUUCAGACCGUCGUUCAGACAAAGGACGUCGCGGUCGGCAAGACGACCCCCGAUGCCGUUGGUUCCAGCUUGGUGCAGACUUCGCCCGAACCCGAGAUUCAAACCUCCGAACGUCACAUGCAGACGAAUCAGGUGGAGGAAGCUGAUACAGGGAUGCAGACUUGCGUGUCAGAAAUACUCGAAUCGUCCGUUCAGACUUUGGACGAGACGCCAACCGCGGUGGAACACACCGGGAUGGAAACGGUAAGAACCGAUGAGGCUCAUUCGGGGAUGCAGACUUCUCCUCGAGUUGUGUCUGACACCUGCAUUCAGACUGAAGAAGCCAAACCGUUGGAGGUGGAGCAUUCGACGAUUGCACCGGAGGAGGUUCAUAUGGAGAUGCAAACGUCUCCUCAACCGGCUUCGGACUUGUCCGUUCAGACAUCGGAACUGAAACCUGUUGAAGUUGAACACUCGUCGAUGCAGACACUGAUGGCUGCGGAAAUACAUGCAGAGAUGCAGACGUCUCCUCGAGAGGUGCUUGAAUCGUCCAUUCAGACCGUGGAACCGGAACCAAAGAAGACCGAACAUUCUUCGAUACAAACGUUCAUAACCGAGGAAGUUCACGCCGAGAUGCAGACAUCUCCUCGCGUGGUGUCGGAAUCGUCCAUUCAGACCUUGGAACCGAAACCAGUCGAAGUUGAACACUCGUCAAUGCAGACAUCGUCAGCAGAAGAAAUUCACGUCGAAAUGCAGACAUCUCCUCGUGAACUCCUGGAAUCGUCUAUUCAGACCGUGGAACCAAAACCAACCGAAAUUGAACACUCAUCGAUGCAGACAUUGUCAGCAGAAGAAAUUCACGCCGAAAUGCAGACGUCUCCUCGUGAAGUUCUGGAAUCGUCUAUUCAGACCGUGGAACCAAAACCAACCGAAAUAGAACAUUCAUCGAUGCAGACGUUGCAGACCGAAGAGAUGCAUGCAGAAAUGCAGACAUCUCCUCGCGUGGUAAUCGAGUCGUCUAUUCAGACCAUGGAACCAGAACCAGCAAAAAUGGAACACUCAUCGAUGCAAACGUUCCUGGCCGAAGAAGUCCACUCAGAGAUGCAGACGUCUCCUCGGCUCGUGUCAGAAACAUCUGUUCAGACCAUGGAACCAGAACCAACGAGGAUGGAACACUCGUCGAUACAAACAUUCUUGGCCGAAGAAGUUCACUCCGAGAUGCAGACAUCUCCUCGGUUGGUGUCAGAAACAUCCAUUCAGACUUCAGAGCCGAAACUACCCGAGGUGGAGCACUCAUCCAUGCAGACAGUCCAAGUCGAAGAGAUCGACGUCGAGUUGCAGACUUCUCCCCGAUCAGCCCUGGACUCGUCCAUUCAGACAAUGGAGCCGAAGCCGAUCGAGGUUGGUCACUUUCAGACCCAAACACCGUGCCUCGAAGUAACGCACUCCGAAGUGCAGAUAUCUCCGACGCCGAUGCUGGAGUCGUGCAUUCAGACAUCUGAAAUCGAACAAACGAAGGUAGAAGAUUCGUCAGUGCAGACGACAAGGUCCGAGGAGGUCGACACAAAGAUGCAGACAUCCCCCCCACCUAUGACAGAGUCAUCUAUUCAGACCUUGGAACCGCAAUCUAUUCAGACAGAGCACUCGUCCAUGCAGACCGUCCCAACUGAAGGGGCCAGUGCAGAAACGCAAACCACUUCUGCGUCCAUCUUGGAAUCUGCUGUUCAGACCGUGGAACCCAAGCCCACCGAAACGGAGCAUUCGUCGAUGCAGACCGUUUCCCCUCUUCCGACCCCCACGGCAGAAAGAGUCGUUCAGACAACUCCUACAGAAGAGCCACAGCCAGAGGCUCCAAAAACCGAAGAAACGGAGGUUCAAGUAACCGCCGAGUUGUCUUCUGCCGAAGCCCAAACAUCCCCUGUUGAAGAGAUCAAACCGGAAACCGAAGAAACAGAGGCGCAAACCGCCGUUGAUCAGACUUCUGCAGAGGCUCAAACCACUCCCGUGGAGUCGACGCCAACUUUUGAAACCCAGACUCAGACAGCAGUUCUUGGAGCUGACGUCGAACAGCAGACAACGCCUCCUCCAGAAGUCUGCAAAGUGGAGGUGCGAGCAUACGGCAUGCAGACAACGCCCCCGGAACCGGUGGUCACCAUUGAGAUGGACAUUCAGACGAGCAAGCCAGCCAGUCCAGAACUGCCUCUUGCUGCAGACUCCGACGUUCAGACGGACGCCAUCGAACCAACUCCUGUCGGCGUCGUGCAGACCCAAACGAGCCCGAAAGAAAGUCCGAAGAGGGUCCAAGUAGAAAGCACCGAGUUUCAGACAAAAUCUCCUGAACCGACUGCCGAAGAAAUCGUUCAGACCAGCCCGGAACCGAUAUCCGUCACCGAGCUAUCGGCUCAGACGAGUCUAGAAGAAGUCAAAGCCACAGCAAUCGGGACAUCGCAAACCAGCACUCCAGAAAAAGUGACAAUUUCCGACGUUUCCAUUCAACUGGAAAAGGAGGAUCUGACCUCAGUCUGCGAGGAGAGCGUGCAGAACAUCCUCGAUAUGUCAGAAACCAGCGCUCAGACCUUGCAGACUUCGGUAACGUCUACGUGGCAGCAGACAGUAGAGGAAGAAGCCCGACUUCCGGACAAAUCAAGCACCGAAGUGCAGACAGACAUUUUGCCCGUGUCUGAAAGUAACGAUUCGGUGGAAGAACCGUCAGAAAGACUCACACCCGAGCCGGUGAUCAGUCUGGAGGAGUCUUCUGACGAACGGUCGGAAAUCCAAGUCGGAAACGUGGUUAUAGAAGAAAUGCUUCCGGCCAUCGAGGAAGUGCCGGAAGCCUCCGUCGAGGAGGAGCCGAUUUCCGAAGAUCUGCAGAUUUUGGAGGAAUCGGAAGAGCCCGUCGUCUCGAUGGAGGCGCCUCCAGAAUUAAGCAUCGAGGAAGUACAAGUUCCAGUGGCACCUGAUGAAGAAGUACCAGAGGAACUCGUCGAGAGUACAAAAGACCCGUCCCCGUUGGUGGUGGACAGCAAAGAGUCCCAAACUACGUCGGUGUCAGAGAGGGAGUCCACAUCGGACAGUUCCUUCGAGAUCUACGUCAGGGCGACCAUAGAAUUGCCCGACAGUUUCAGCCAGGACUCCUUGAGGAUGAGCGGCAGCGAGUCCACGGUCGACGCCUCCCAGGACACGACCAUCACGGAGGAGUCCAUCGAGAGUCUGGUAACCUCUGAAGAGGAAGCCGUGCGAGCCCUGAAGAGACAAAAAAGGAAGAGAAAGCACAAAACGGAAGCCAGGGAGCUAUCUCCACCUAGAAGGGAGAGGUCCGAGCUGGACUCCAUCUUCGGCGAGCCCAGGGAGUCCCAGGAGCUGUUGCUGAAAAUGUCCUACUCGGACGUGGCGAAGAAAUCCACUGGCUGGCCGUUCAUCGCCCAAACUACACCCGAAGAGAAGUCCGAAGAGGACAGCUUCGACGCGAGGAUAGAGAGCAUCGAAGUCACCCUCGACGAAGUCGAGUAUCCUAAAGAGAGGCGGGACCAGAGGUCACCAGUUGGGAUAGUGGAGGAGUUAGGAUCAUCCCCGGAGUCCAGUGACCCUGGGAAAUUCGGCACUUCAGAACAAGCCAGGUUCCUGGAGUGUGGAUUCUCUCCGGCAGGAGAGGAUCGGCAGUCCUUCGAAGGAGCCAUCACCAUCGUGACUUCCCCGGAGCCCAUGGACACGACGGAGGAACUUCUCUCCCCCGUGGAGUCCAUCUUACCUGAAGAGGAAGAAAAAAUGCGCAAAAAGGACGUCCACGUCAGGACGUACGCCCAGGUGAUUUCCGAGUCGGAGAGGAAAGGAUCGGCAGAGGCUGGAGGAGCAGUCCUGUCCAGGGAAGACCUGCUUCUAGGUGCUCGAAAGUCUGCGGCGUCGUCUUCGGCUUUGGGAGUAGCUGACGAUUUCGCGACUCAGCAGAGCCACGUGGUCGAGAGGACUCGCAUCGCCAGGAUGAUCUCCGACAGGAUCAGGAGCGCCCAGUGUUCCAAGGAGAACUCUCUUUUGACAAACGUCCUGCGCACCGCGUCUCUAGACAUUGCCGACGAGCUAGCGGAAGACCGAAGUUCCAACCUGGAAGAGGAACUGACGAAUCUGCGUCGAGCCGUCGAAGGAGACAACGUGGUCGUCGUGGAGGAGACCCUGAUCAGCGUGGUGGAAACCAUCUCCACCUGGCUGGAGACCAUCGAGUACAAGAUCUUCCUGAACAAGGAGACUCCAACGGGACCUUCUCACGAGGACUCCAGGCCCUUCCUGGAGUUGAAGAACGAGAUGGGCCACGCGGAGGAGGGCAUCAGGGAACUGGAGAAGAUUUGGUCGAGCGUCGAAUCGAGAUACCCUGAAGAGGAACGAGAAAAGAUCUGGGAAUGCGUGGAGGCCCUUGCGAGGCAGGUCAAGGCUGUCGAGGAUGCUGCCGAUGAGACCGAAGCAUUCGCCACUGGUGAACUCUCCAGGUGGGACGAGUUCCUGAACGGCGUGAACAACGUCUCUCGACUGGUCGAGGAGCAACACAGACAACUGGACAACGUGGUGGAGAGCGAAUCCUCCACUCGUUGGAAGCUGCAGGAGCUGGACCGCAUCGAGAACACCAAUCGCUGUCAUAUGUGGAAAACCGGAAGACUCGUCGCUGCUGCUCGAGGGUUGCUCAGGGAUUAUCCUUCCAAAACCAUCCCUGAAGAGACCUACUCCAUCCAUGAAUUGACCAUGACCAUGGAGCGCAAUAUAGGUAUAGAGCGGGAACGACUUCUUCAACUUCUGGCUCUCGCUGAAGAAUACGAGCAAACUCUUCAGGAAUUCGCGCAGAUCACGGAGAUCGCUGAAAAUCUCCUCGAGAGUCCCAUCUCGGUGAUGAGUCUGGAGCACCUGCAGGAGGAGAUGCAGAAGCACAGGAAGUUCUUCGUUAACCUGAACCACUGUCUCGCGAUCCUGGAGUCGUUGGAAGGGAACCUGGACCCGGAGACCAGGGCUAAGCAUUCGGGACUUCACGUUGAACUUCAUGGGGUAGCCACUGCUCUUCUGGACCAGGCGGCCUGCAGAGCCCAGCAGAUGGCUUUGGCUGCCUCCAGGUGGAUCAUCCUGGAGCAGGGCAUCAAGGAAGAGCGAGGCUGGCUUCAGGUCGCUCAUCAAAGAGUUCCGGACCUGCAGACCGUCACUUCGUCGGACUACGAUCAGUACAUCUCCUUAUACCAGACUCUCUCUUCAGACGUGGCGGCGCAUCGUGCCAGGAUCGUGCAACUGUUGGACGUUGCUCGAAGCCUGAAGGAGCUGAUCAACAUCGAAGACCCGGACGAUCGGUACGGCGAGGCUCUGGACGUGAUCCUGAAACUGCAGGACAACGUGGACUCGUCCCUGAGGAGGCUGCUCGCCUUCAGGGAGAGCUGGAUCGUCCAGGAGUCUCUUACGAGCAGAUUAGAGGACUGGAUGAUCUCCGCAGAACGAGAACUGGCCGCAGCUCGCGAUCCUGGUGUCGGCAACAUGCGUCAGUUUUGGGAGCUGAGAGCACAAUACGAGGUGCACAGGAACAUCCUAGAGGAGGCGGACGAGCACUUCGAGCAGUCCCUGCGAGCAAUUCCCUUAUCGGACGAGAUGCUGCAGAGACAAUUCCACGGCGAGUUGCAGGACCGAUGGACAGACGUGACGGAGAAAAUGCGAGAGAUCCAGGAUGCGGUGGCGGAAUCCGCGUCCGCGGAGGGAGUCUCGGCGAACGAGAGGCUGCGGCACCUGGAGCGAGAGCUCAGCGAGCUGCGCGCAGCAACGGAGGCCCUCCACGGUGUCCUCCGGACGGAGGAAGAACUCGAGCUCUACGUGGAGAGGCUCUCCGUGAUCCUGGACAGAGUUUGCGUGGUCCAGGACGAGCUGGGCAGAUUGGGCCUGCUUCCUGCGGCAGAGAGCGAGAGGGUCGGGAUCCUCCUGUCCUCGGCUCGCAGAAUAGAGAACGUGGUCGCGGAGGAGCUGGAUGCCGCGCGCCUCCUGAGGGAGAGGUUGAAGGCCCUUCGCAGGGGCCUCUGCAGGGUUCGCAAGGCCCACCAGAGGCUCUCCCUGGUCCUGGACGGAUGCGAAGGGAGCGAGCGACAGGGCAGCGACGUGGUGGCCGCUGCAGUUGACAGGUGCCAAUCCGUGGCAGAGGAGCUGGCGGUCCUCUGGCAGGACCUCAUGGCGCUGCGCCAGGUCCUCCACACUCUGCCCAUGGGCACCAGGGUAUCGGUGUCUCCUGUCGGGGUAGAGAGGGACAUCUCCAGUCUCCAGGACGCCCAUGCCGAUUUGGAGGCCAGGUGCGUCAGGCUCCUGUCCCUGCUCGGAAGCAGGCUGGGCCUCUGGAGGCGGUUCGAGCGGCAGCUGGAGGCCGUUCAGCAGUCCGUCCAGGAGGCCGACUACAUGAUGGAGCUCCUCACUGUUCAGGGAUCCGUCGACUACGAGAGACUGCUCAAAGCUACGGAACGACUAGAGGGUCUUAAUGGAGACUUGGGGGCCCGGGAGGUGCUGAUCGAGGAGCUGCGAGCCGCUGCGGAACCGCUGCGGGAGAGUUGCGCCGCGGAGGUCCGCGAAAGGGUCGACGCGGCCGUCGGCGAAGCCGUGCAGGCCUGGGAGGACACCAGGGCGGAGUUGGAUGCACUUUGCAAUAAGUACCAACGAGCCGUCCAGCUCUGGGAGCGGUACCGGGACUCCAGCGCCGCCGUCAAGGCCUGGGUCGACACCCAGAUGGGGACCGUCGCCAACCUGCCCCCCGAAGAGGCCCUCGACCAGGUCAAGGUCUGCGAGGAGACCCUGGCGCAGCACAAGGAGAGGCUCGCCGAGCUGAGGGGCCUGGUGGCGCAGAUCGCCUCCGACGUCGGCCUGGAAGCUGGUGGUCCUCUUCACUCCGAGGUCGAAGCUCUGGGAAGACGCCUCGAAGACGUCAGAGAGACCUUAUCGACUUUGGCCGAUACCGCCGACGCCAGAGCCGUCGACCAGGAGAUCGCCAGGAACGACAUCUCCCAGACCAGGGAGUUCCUGGACACCGUGCAGCAGAGCCUCACCACGGCGGCGGAAGAGUCGACGACGGUGGACGGGAUCGAGUCCAAGCAGCAGCUUAAGCUGCUGCGAGAUCAUCUGCUGGACCUGACGCGGACGGAGCCCCAGCUGCGGUCCAUCAAGGAGCGCGCUCUGGACGUCCUGGACGGACCGGAGCCCACGGUUGUCGAGGUCCUGCAGAUAUGGCAGAGGGUGUUCCGAGAGACCUUCCAGCAGUACCACCGGCUGUCGACGCGCCUCGUGAAGUCUCAGGACGUAGCAGCCGCCUUAAGGCUCUGGCAGGAGUACCUGUCCCACGUGGAGGAGUUCCUGUCAAACGACGUCCCCGGGGACUACGUCGGCCUGUCGGAGCACAGGAACCUGUGCGAGGUGCACAGGAACCUGCUGACCGACCAGCAGAACCUGAUCCUCUCAGUGAGGUCGGAGGACGGUCGGGACCACCUCUCCGUCGUGGAGCAGUUUAAUAUCCUGACGAACCUCCACAACGAGACCCUGGCCAGGAUCAUGGAGAGGCAUGCCGCGGUCAGGAACAGGCUUUCGGCUUGGGAGAAGUACCGGCAGGAUCAGAAGGACCUCCUAUCCUGGCUGAAGGACGUCGAAAGGGACAGAGGGAGGCUCCAGCUGAGGUUCAUCCACCUAAGGAGGCUGGAGAAAAUCCUGUCCAGGAUAGGAGGGCUUCUGGAGAAGGUGCCGGCAGGCGAGGCACGACUGGAAGCCCUCCUCGCGCAGCAGGAGUCGCUCCUGAUAGGGUGCGAAGAGGCGCUGGCCGUCUCCGUCCGCAUGGAACACGCCGCCAACUCCCAGAGACUCGCCAACCUCCGUGCCAGCCUGGAGACCUGGAGAGACUUCGUCAAGAAGAUACAGGAUCUGCACCGAAGACACACGGAGGAAACCUCCAAGGUGACGAGCACCUUCCAGGAGGUGAGCAGAUCCUUGAUCGACGGCUUCCACGCGCACCCGGCUAGCUUGGAGAAUUCGCGUCAGCAGCUGGGAUCGCUGCAGGACCUGAAGACCAAGCUGACGGGGACGGUGGCCGACCUGGAGUCCCUGGGCGUCGUGACCGAACAGCUGAGGGAAUGCCUGAGUCCGUCGGACAUGAAGUCGCUGAACCAGCACAGUGCGCUGCUGUGGCAGCAGCACGGGGAGCUGGAGCACCAGCUUGCUCUUCUGGCCUACAAGCUCGGGGAACGCUGUGGUCUUCGAAGUCGAUGGGAGGCCAGGCGAAGCAGACUCCUCGUUUGGAUAGAAGACGCCGAGGCGAGGACUUGCAACGGCAAUGCCACGGACUUGGACGAGCCCGAGGAAGCCCUGAAGAGGCUGGAGUGCGAACUUCAGGCCGAGAUGGCCCUGAAGCAGGGGGAGAUCGAUUGGCUCCAGGGCACGGGGCAGGAGCUAAUGGACGCCACCGAGGGUGCCGACAGAGACGCGAUUCGCGACGCUCUGGAGCAAACCGUCGAGAGGUGGAACGGCCUGAUGAACGGUGGCAAGUCCAGGGCCAACAAAUUGGUGGACCUGAUGCAAACGAUGAGCACCCUGGAGGAGAGGAUAGCGGAGAUCCGGGAAUGGCUGAGCGACGUCGAGGCGCAGCUGACCGAGCCCCUCGUCAUCGAGGCGAGGACCCAGAGCUGCGUGGACAAAAAGCUGAGGGACCACCACCAGCUCCAGUCGACCAUAGAAUCCCAGAGCGGGAACGUGGGGGAGGUGCUGAACCUCUGCGAGAUCCUUCUGGGCGACUGCGACGCCUGGAAGGCCUCCUUCGACACCGACGCCAUCAAGAAGGGGAUGGAUGGCCUGGAGCGCAGGUGGAAGACGACUUGCGUCCGAUCGGCCGAACGCAAGAGGAAGAUCACCGUCGCUUGGAAACUCCUUCAGGAAAUGGAGAAGGUUGUGGCCGAGCACGAGCACUGGGUCAGCGAGAUGGAGGAGACUCUGGAGGACCUGGAGCACGAGCUGGAGGACCUUCCCAAGGACGAGUACGAGAAGACGCUGCAGAGGGUGAAGAAGAUCACCGGGGACCUCGAGACUCGCGAACCUGCCCUGAGGAUUCUCGAGCAAACCUACGGUCGCCUUGCAAAAGGUGGCCUGGAACCGGAGAACCUGAAAUCCCUGACCGGUGAUGUGCGAAUCCUCAUCGACCGGUGGCACGCCCUGGACCCUAGGGUCAACGUCGUCCUGUCGGUUCUCCAGCGGGACCAGAAGGCCUACCGGGACUUCGUCGCAGCGCACGGAGCCGCCGUGGUCGGUCUCACCCAGGUGGACGUGAGACUCACCCAGCUCCAACACUUGGCCACCCCUGAACAGAAAGCCUCUCCUAGAAAGAGGUUGCAACAACUGGCGGAGAUAGAAAGGGAACUCACCACUCAGAAUGCGACCCUUGGCCGAGCCGACGAGCUGGCUCUUCGACUCAUGCGAGAGAGCCGCGCCGACGAGGUCGCGCCCAUCCAGGAACUCGUCGAUGAGUAUCAGAACCUAUGGAAGGACAUCAAGGCUCGAGUCGCCGCUUUAAGGGCCGACGUGGAGGCCCAGAGGAGGAUCGAAAUCGACGAGGCCGUUCAGGUCGAGACCCUCAGGUUUGAACGGGACACGGCGGUGCAGGUCGACACCUUGCCCAGGUUGCUGAGGAUGACUUCUUGCGAUGCGUACCUGAUGGAGCUGGAGGCUGCCCUGAGGGAAUGUCGAGAUGCCAUGGACACCCUCGAAGCCACCGUUGCGGCAGAUCCGUCGACGGGUCCUGGACUGGCUACCGCCGCGAAGACCCUCGCCAAGAUGAUCGGAAGCUGCCAAUCCUCGGUGGAGCUGGUGCAACAUCUCCACGGGCUUCUAACCGGGGACGGCAAACUGAGUCCCGAGGAGGCAAAAAGUUCCGAAGUGGCUGACCUCGUCUCGAGGUACGACGCCCUCUUGGCGCAGGCCAGGGCACGGGAACAACGAAUCAGGGAACUCAGUGACGGAGGUAGGUUGACCUGUCCACUCUGCUCUCGUCGCAACUGGUCCCAGCUGGACAACGACCUUUGGCGUCUGGAAAAAUGGCUCCAACUGGCCGAAGGCAUCCAAAGCGAGCAAAGCGAGCCUCCCACGAACAUCGAAGAGCUGGAGGACGUCAUUCAAGACCAUCGAGAGUUCCUUCUUGACCUGGACAGCCACAGGAGCAUAGUGGUCAGCUUGAACAUAGUCGGUGCCCAUUUGCUGGACCACACCGAAGACACCGAGAGAGCCCUCGAGCUUCGCGAAAGAUUGACAGUUGCCAACGAGAAGUGGGAAGCGGUCUGCCAAACCGCAGGAAAGUGGCAGGCGGUUCUGCGAGUCGCCCUGACGGAGAACCAGCAGUUCCACCGAAUCAUCGAGGAGCUCCUAGCUUGGCUGGACAGAACGGAGGUGUCGAUCAGAGACAGCGAGCCGAUUGACUUGACGGAGGACAAUAACGUUAUUCGCUCGAAAUAUGAUAAGUUCAGGGAACUGCGGAAUGAUCUGGAGAGGUGCGAGCCUCGGGUCCUGUCCCUUCAAGAAACGGCGAAUCAGUUGCUGGAGGAGGGUGGAGAGACUCGUGCUCGUCUUCAAGAACUCAGGUUGAGGCUGCAGUCGUUGAGGAGACUCACGGGUAUUUAUGCACUCAAGUUGGGUGCAGCUCUCGGGGUGGAUCCACGGGACGUCGGUCUCGCCGUUACGUCUUCCACUUUAGCCUCGCUUUCUCGUGACCUACUCGACGAAGCCGCCUCCGGGAACUCUCUACCUCACGACGCCGCAUCCACUGAUGGUGACGAAAGGGAUGGAACGGUGUUGGCGCGAGGAUAUCGGUUCCUGGGAAGAGUCCUGCGAGUUUCUCUUCCUAUCCAGGCGCUAAUGCUGUUACUACUUGGCGUAGCUUCGUUGGUGCCAUCGGCGAAAGAAGAUUACAGCUGUAUGCUCUCUAAUAACCUCGCUAGAAGUUUCACUCCCGUCGUCGAAUAUCCUAACGGGCCUCCGCCGUUGUAACGAUAAUCCUACAGCUUUCUUCGAUCAUUCCCGACGGCGAGACAUUGGCAAAAAAUAUCUUAACAAGGGAAAAUGCAGGAACCUCGUGUUGCCCCCUGAGCGCUGCGCGCGACCUCAAGCGUUGUACUUUGUAACUAGUCGGCCGUUAGAGUCGUACUCUACACCGGUACUGAGAAUCUUCCAGACAUGAACCUCUUGAAAGGUGGCCUUUUACACGUUAACAAUACUCCACGCAACAUUGGAACUUGUUGAUAAGUGUAGUGACGUUUCUAAAGGUUCCACGUUCUCGUGGCACUUUUUUUCAAUUACGUCACAUCUCUGAGAGGUCAGAGUCCUAGACGCAUUGCUUCCUAGCGACUGCGGAUCGAGAAUCAAAAACGGGAAUAUAAUUUAAGUCUACCUAAGGGAGAAGUGCUGCAACGUUUUCCUCAAAUCACCUAAUUAAUCUCGCGCUAUAAAUGUAUCUCGAAAAGAACGCUCCUAUUCCGAUUCCUCGAGCGUCUCGCUUGCGCUCUAAAAGUGGCAUUAGAUAGACUCGCUAGUUUUACACAAAAGAUAUUUAUACAUUAGUAAUGUAAUAACGGACCAAAAUGGAUCGACGAGAAGAGGUAGUGUUACCGAUGACAUUAUCGAUGACUCCUAUAACUCGCUAAUCAUUUUCUCAAGUUUGUGAAUAUUUAUCGUUACCGUGCAAUGUUAUGAAACCCGGAAAGCCCCGCGUCGGAAAGUACAAGGGGAAUCGUUGAAGAGAAUAAUUCAGACCUCUGAUUUGUGCACAAUUAAUGGAAAUGUUAUCCGAGGCGAGAUACGUUAUCAGCGAUGUGCUCGUAAUGCCGAUUCUCCUUGGUCCUUUGAGGAGAGCUCACUUCUUGACAAAGUGCAUCAUUUCGUCCGAUAACGACAUUCAGUUGUUACACUUGACAAGGAAGGAUUCCUAGAACGCGUUAAGUGUACACGUGAAGUAACGAUUACGAGUAAUACUAAUUCCGUGUGCGGUCCUUAUACUUGAAGGAGAGCAUGGAACAUCGCCUAGUGUUAUUUUUUUAUACAUUAAGUUUGUAACGAAGGUAUCACGUUAAGGCCAGAAUUAAAUCCUGGAACAUUUAAAUAUGGCCUAAACGUGAUAUCGAGAGAUUCGAGGAAGUUCAAUAUGGUGCUAAAUUGUAUAUCGAUUGCAGGCUCGGAGGAGAUUACGAACGACUAUUAAUUUUGCGAUCGAACGCCGUUGCGUUACCCGCGAUUUCUUAAAUAAUAUGAAUACCGAACGCCGAACUUGCGACAAGAAUUAAAUGGAAUGGUUCUUUUGAACGAACGUGUACGAUUAACUUCGUCACAUGACGAUCAAUGGUACAUUGAUCGGUGACGAAUACGAAUCCAAUUUACAGGCGUAAUGCCUAUACCAGUUACGCUUUUCUAUGUUACAAGUUUUCUGCUUAUCGCACACCGAGCUUCAUUACGUAUUUUUAUAAAGAGAGAGCUUAUGAGGUGGUGUAUAUCUAUCGAUAAUAAUAUAUUGCUAUGAACGCGA